CGUUCGCAUCCUGAACAGAACGUAAGAUGCGACUGCGCAGGUAGUGUGUGCAUGUGGAUGUCUGUAUAUAAAUAGACAUACACACACAUUCAUUUUUUCCUCGAAUUACAGUCUUAAUAGGGUUUUUUUAAAAAAAACAAACCACCAAUUGGACAAAAAUGAUGUGUUCGUGUACACACAGACAUACACACGCACCCUUUCUCCGCUUGAUUAGUUUGUUUUAAAAAUGUUAAUUGUUGAGAUGGAAAGAAGAUAAAGCUCCUACCAGAGAAGAAUGGCAGAUUAAGUUGAUGGAUUAUGCCAAAUUGGCAAAAAUGACGGAAGAAUCAGAAAUCAGGAAGACUAAAAAUUUUCAUAAGGAAUGAGGAAAAUUUAUAAUUUAUCUUAAAAAUCAUUGUAAACAGUUAAAACUGUUAGCAGGACUGGAAUAGCACUUGCAGUUUAAUGGUAAAUUUUGAACAUAAUGGAGAUGUAUUUUAUGUUGGAUGUUUGAUAUGUGAUUAUAAAACUCUGACCUGAAAACCAAAUAAUCAUUUUUUUUAAUGUUAAAUGUUCACCCACAAAAUUAAGGGUUUGGGGUUUUUUUAAAACCGCGACAAAAACAAAGCCGGCCGCCCGCCGCUGACACGUGCUCCGCCGCUGAGAAGCUGGGAGCGGUACUGAGCAUGCGCGCGCGCGGCGGUUAAACAGCCGCCUCAGUUCUGGAGCACGCGGAAAGGAAAACGUAAGUUAACCGCCGCGGGUAGGAGACGGAGUAGGGGCGGGGUGAGACGAGGUGAGUUGAGGAGCGGGGCCCGAGGUUUGCAUUUGAGGCGCGGGGAGGUGCGAGCGGUGAUAAAGCAGCCGCGGGACGAGCUAUUGGCCGGCCCAGCUGAGCGGACUUCUCUUCCUCAGAGGUGGGGGCAGCUACCCCCCCCCGCGCGUCGGGUGGCGGUUACGUAUAUUUUAAUAUACGGAUACAGGUAGCUAGGCCACGUGAUCAGUUUAGAACCAUCGCAGGUGGCCACCUUCCUACUCCCCUCCUUCCUUGACACCCUAAUUUAGCGUGACUUCCCUGCCUUUAUUAUUAUUAUUAUUUAGCCCAGUGAUUGCUGUUUUGGGACUACAACUCCCAUCAUCCCUAGCUAGCAGGACCAGUGGUCAGGGAUGAUGGGAAUUGUAGUCCCAAAAAAACAGCUGGCGGGCCAAGUUUGGCCAUCAUUGAUUUAGCCUAACUGCUUGCCACCACCACGCUUUAUUAUUAUUUAGCCUGGCUUUUUACACCUGAGGGGCAAUUUUUUUUUUUUUUAAGGACCUGCCUUAUUCCCAUGAUUGCAGAUUGUUACUAGUUGCUUCCUUCACAAAUGUGACUGAAAGCAGCUUGCAACAACAAACAAACAUGUCGUUAUUUAUACCCCGCCCCAAAAGAGCUGUGAUGGUGUGAAUGGGCAGCCUGUACCCGGAGCCGUUAUAUGUGCAAGGCUGUUCUCCUAAUCUCAGUAAAAUUUAUAUUCAGUGAUUUAUUUUGAGGACUGUGACCUAAAACAGCCAUAUGUUCUAUGGGCAGUUUCCAGUCCUACUGCCCUUUUUUAUUAUUGUUUAAGAUGGUUGCUGGGGGGGGAGGUUUAAUUUAUCAACUAGUCUGCUUCACGUUAUCCCUCUAUAAUAAUAUUUUCAAUAGUUUUUCAAAUAUAUGUGAUUUCACAGAUGUGUGCAGUGCUUUGUAAUGUUACAUAACCCCUGUGUAAAAUGGGGGUUGCCUCUAUAGAGUGGGGGCCCCAGAUGCAUGUUUGGACUGAAGGCAGGUCCCAAAUCAGACACAGUUGAAGAAUACUGUCUUAAGUCGUAAAGAAGCUGACUUCUACCAGCUCAGACUGUUCGUCCAUCAAACACAAUCUUCAGUACCUGUUCAUUACAUUUCCUUGUUGCAUUCAGAACAUCUAACAACUGCAGGAAAUCUCAAAUACGCCUUUGCCCCAUCCUAGUAACUACUUUACUAUUGUCUAAUUUUAUUUUAAGCAUUGGCCACCUUGAGAACUUUGCUUAGUAAGUAGACAGGCCAUCAAUAUCAUUAAAGCAGUAGUAUAUAUUUUUGCUACCUUUCCCUUUCUCCAGGGAAAGCAGGGCAGUGGACCGGGGUGAUCUUCAACAUGUUUUAUGCUUAUAAUAACUGUAUAAAGUAGAUUAAGCUGCCUGUAUUCCUUGCUCCAGAGAAAGCUGGCAAAGAGAAGCCUGUACUGCCCUUUUUUUUUUGUUUGUUUGCUUGCUUGCUUGCUUGCUUGUCGGUCGGUCGGUUCAACUGAUUGCACACCUAGGCUCCACUUCUAGGGGAGCUGGAGCUAUACGGUAUUAGUUUUUGGACCACUGCAUUUCUAAAAGGAAGAAAAGCACCUGGACUGUGGCCUGGUUUUAUCAGAUUGAAAGUUACUUUUAAAGGAAUGUCAUUUUGUAAAAGCAGUUUAAAUGCUUGUUCCUUUGUUGUAUUUUUCAGAGGUAUAGAUAAAGCGUGUAAAUCUCUUUGAUGUAGUUGAAAAAGUCAUUGAAGAAAGAAAAUGUUUGAAGUGUUUAUAUUGAAGGUAUUGUGGCUUUUUGGCAAGUUUUAGCAUAUGAAUGUUCAUUUUUGAGCAUAAACCUUGCAGUGUUUUCAUAGGACUCUAACUAUGGCUUACUUAUUCAUUAGAUUGAAAAUCCAUGGUGCUUUUGGGGCUACAUAAAAGGAGGUGGAAGUAUUGUAGAAAACGAAAUGGAAUAUAAAAAACUUCAAUCUGAAAUGAAUCUGUUCUAUAAUAAAUUCCACAGAUAUGUGGAUGAUAUCAAGCCAUCUGUAUUGGAAAAGGGCCAGGUAAUUUUAUGUACUUUAUUUGCUUUAGUGGAUAUGAAAUUGAAGAGGGGGAAAGGGAGGCUAGUGUUGGGAUAUUAAUUCUACUUUCAAUGCUAGUCCUACUCAGAGGAGACCCGUUGGAUGUCAUGAACAUGACUUACUUUGGUUCAUUAAUUUCAGUAGUUCUAUUAUGAGUGAACCUCUUUGGAUACAACCUUUUGUGAAAACACUGGAUGACUUUAACAACAAUGCAGGACUCAGCUAAAAUGAUCAUCCAGCCUCUGCUUAUAAUAUUAUACAGUACAUUUUAUAUUUGGGUUUAGCUACUUUUGGAAGUUUUUCUAGAUAAAUUGUCAUAUUUCUGCCACCUUUUGGGCACUGUAUGAAAUAUAAAGCAUGAAAUAUAUAGCACAUUACUGGUACAUGUAGUUUUUUCCUAUUGGUUUGCCUUAAAAGGUAAAGGUAAAGGUACCCCUUCCCGUACGGGCCAGUCUUGACAGACUCUAGAGGCCGGGAGCCAGCGCUGUCCGCAUACACUUCCGGGUCACGUGGCCAGCGUGACGAAGCUGCUCUGGUGAGCCAGCGCAGCACACGGAAACGCCGUUUACCUUCCCGCUAGUAAGCGGUCCCUAUUUAUCUACUUGCACCCGGGGGUGCUUUCGAACUGCUAGGUUGGCAGGCGCUGGGACCGAGCAACAGGAGCGCACCCCGCCGCGGGGAUUCGAACCGCCAACCAUGCGAUCGGCAAGUCCUAGGCGCUGAGGUUUUACCCACAGCGCCACCCGCGUCCCAUUGGUUUGCCUUAUAUUCCAUCAAUUGUCUGCUAAUCUCAUGUAGAGUUUGUGUCAAAUGAAAAUGGAUGUUUCUUUUUCAGGUUUGUGCUGUUUAUUGUCAGGAAAUGAAAUCCUGGUGCAGAGCUGUUGUUAAAUCAAUCAUAUCAUGUACAGAUUAUUACCUUGCUGAGUGUUUCCUUGUGGAUUAUGCCAAGAGUGUUCCUGUGAAAACAGACCGGUAUGCUUUAAUUAUACUAAAGGCAAAGGUUAUACACAAUGAGAGUACUGCAACCUGGGACUAGCAAGCCCUCUGGAACCUGGAAGGUACGAUCAGAAGGUUAAUGUCGUGUUCUAUCACACAAGCCCACUGAGUUUGUGUGAUCCUUCUGAUAGACCAAAGUGUAUGGAGUUGUAAACUCCUACAUUCAAAUUUAAUCUUAACCUUUAACUUGCUGGCUGGUCCGGGGCAAGUUUGUCUUAAUCUUUCUUCACAUUCACUUCACCCAGUAAGCCCCCAACGUAGGCACAUUUAACUUUUGCGCAUUCAGCUUUAAGCACACGACAAAAUAAAAAUAAAAAGGGGCAGAGUUCCAGGAAAAAUGACUUUGGCAAUCCUACUUGCCACUGAACCCAAUGGGUUUUGACUAUAUGCGAUUUUGGCUUUAAGUGCAAUCCCUGGAAGGUAGCCCCCGAGUAAGUUCCGGGCUUACUGUAACAGCAGACAGACUACAUUGCCCGCCUAUCAAGGACAACAAGCAACACUCUGUUAUUUACAAUUUAUGCUUUGUUUAUAAUUAGAGUGGCCACUGUGGUGCCUUUGUGACGUUUUGGAAUACAAGUUGCAUUAUUCCUGACCGUUGGCCAUGCUGGCUCUGGCUGGUAGAAAUUGUAGCUCUGAACACCCAGAGGGCACAACAUUAGCUACCCCUGGCUUAUAAAGUAUUAAUUUAUGUUAAAGGGUUUAUUUUUCUGAAAUUUCUGUUUUCAGGAUUUGUGUUGCCUUGGAAUCAUUUAUGAGAUUACCCUACAGAGCAAUGAAAUUUAGACUGUAUGGUACAAAACCGGCCACACUGCGUGUCAACUACUAUAACGACAAGGCCAAGAUAGUGUAAGUACAUUUUGCAAGGUAUUAUGUAAAAGCGUUCUAUAUUAUUUUGGGUUUCUGUAGGACAAGUAUUAGGACUUGUAAUUUGGGAGAGACAUCACCUUGCCAACAAAGGUCCGUAUAGUUAAAGCUAUGGUUUUCCCAGUAGUGAUGUAUGGAAGUGAGAGCUGGACCAUAAAGAAGGCUGAUUGCCGAAGAAUUGAUGCUUUUGAAUUAUGGUGCUGGAGGAGACUCUUGAGAGUCCCAUGGACUGCAAGAAGAUCAAACCUAUGUGCUCUUAAGGAAAUCAGCCCUGAGUUCUCACUGGAAGGACAGAUCGUGAAGCUGAGGCCUCAAUACUUUGGCCACUUCAUGAGAAGAGAAGACUCCCUGGAAAAGACCCUGAUGCUGGGAAAGAUGGAGGGCACAAGGAGAAGGGGGCGACAGAGGACGAGAUGAUUGAAUAGUGUUCUCGAAGCUACCAGCAUGAGUUUGACCAAACUGCGGGAGGCAGUGGAAGACAGGAGUGCCUGGCGUGCUCUGGUCCAUGGGGUCAUGAAGAGUCGGACACGACUAAACGACUAAACAACAACAAUUUGGGUGACAUUCCAUGUAGCUACAAGGAGAGCCUGUGAAAUUUUCCUAUUUUAUAUUUACUAGGGCCCCAUAUUUCUUGGUAUAAAUGUCACUGAGGCAGACUUCAUAUCUAUCCAGUUUGUUUCAUUCUCUGAGAAACAUUUUGAAGUGAAAGAGUACUUCACAAAUGUAUAAUACGUCUUUAUAUGCUUAUAAUAGUGCCACAGUAAAGUAGUCAUGUGUGCUUUUUUGUAGCCCUGCUAACCGCUGGGAUAUAGCAGCUAUCCACUACUUCCAAAAUCUCCUGAAUGGUAAGAAAACAUAAGGAAUAGCAUAUUAUAUAAUUCCAAAUGUAUGGGCUAAUCUGUUAAAAUGUUGAGGUUUUUUAAAAAAAUCCACCGAAAGGCUGGGUUUGGAGACUAUGGCUGAGUUGCAGAACAGCUGGCUAUCUGCAGAUGGUUCCAUGUUCAGUUUCUAAUAUCUAAGGGAAAUGCCUGUCUGAAACCCUGGAGAGCCACCAGUGUACCAGUCACUGGAGAAGGAGUUGGAUGAGCCAACAAAUUGACUCAGUACAGUGUAAGGCAAUGUCUUCCUUAGAUAACUGUGUCUGAAGUAAAGAAUAUUAGUGUACUUAAUGUUUGGUACAAAUCAGAAUAACAGAAAAGUGGCAUUAUUGGUAAUUCAUAGAAUUGUAGAGUUGGAAGGGACCCAAGGGUCAUCUCAUUCAACCCCUUGCAAUGCAGGAAUCUCAGCUAAAGCAUCCAUGACAGAUGGCCACCCAACCUGUAUAAAAAACAUAUUAAAAAUGAUACCUACUUGCUGAAACUUAGCAGUUCACAAAUUAAUUGUUGAACAGGUUCAAAGCCCACUGGCCAGGCAGAAUUGUCAUAAUCCCCCUGUCAUUAUUCUGAUGUCACAACAGGGAGAUCCUUUAAUGCUGAAUGGUAAUAAACUUUUGUAGAAUUCAACCACAUUGUAAUUACACACACAUCAUAGGAUUUUAAAGUUUUAUCUUGCUUGCAAAUGUCUAGCAACUCGACUUACAUAUGCACAGAAAUAAAAUGUAUCUAUUUCUAGCUUCACUGGAGUAAAACUGAUCAAAUAUUUUGAGAAUCAUUUCUAACGGGUUAACUAUCUGUUAAUGGCUUCCCAAAACGUUUGCUUAUUGCAUUACCUUACUCCAAUCAAGGGGCUGCUUAUAACUUUUGAUUCUUUGGCAAGAAUGUAGAAAAUCAGUUGUUGUUGCCUCCCCUCUGAUAUUUCAUCCAUUUGGCUUAAUCAAGAAAGACCUACUGUGGGGAAAUGUAGAAAUUAGAAGACCUAAUUAAUGCUCCAUUUAUUUUUGUUUCUAGCAACCACCAAGGUGGAGGCCAAGUUAUGUGCUGUUGAAGAAGACAGUUUUGAUGUUGAUCUCUAUGUCACAAUAAAGGAAGAAAAGGUAAGCCAGUCACCUUUACAAUUCUGUUCGUGUAUAGUAUUUUGAAACAGACAUCCAGUUUGCCAGGGUGAGUGGCAGCAUCUGUCCCUCUCAUUCUGCCACUCAGCUUCCCUUCUUGUAUGCACCUCUUUGUAUAUGUUUUAAAAAGUAGAUCCUUUAAAAUGAUAGCAGGGGUUGUAUAGGGUGAUGACUUGCUUUUUUGAUAGAAGAGGCUCCUGCCCAAAGCCUCUGAGGGUCCAAAGUAAGCAAGGAUGCCAGGACACAGGCAAAAACCCUACAAGCAUUGGCAGGUAGUCUAGAGGCAGACCUGCAGUAGGUGGGUCAGUUCUGGAUCCAGUCUUUGGGUGAAAAAGGCUGCUCCCCUCUGGCUUAAUAGAAUUACAUGGUUUGCCCUUAUGCCGCAGCUGAUGGGAAGAUUCUUUGUGCACAUGGCAAGCUACUUUAGGUGAUAGUAGCUGCCUUAUAAAACUAUUUCAGGUACCUCCCAAAUUAUGUUAGUAAUUUUUAUCUUUGCCAUUAGUAAAAAUGUGCCCCCUUUAUGCUAAACCAUCACAUGCAUGAAAUCUGUUUUCUUCAUAGAUAUGUGUGAAUGACGAUCUUCUUGCCAAAAAAUUUGCUUUCUAUGAGGCACCGAAGAGUACAACAAUUAGUGCUGUGGAAGACCAGAAGAGAGAAACACCAUUAAGCCUUGAGCCUCUUUCAGAGGAGAUCAAUCCUGCACUUGUUCUGUGGCCAAUGUUGUUGCAAGCCAAGGAAACAAAGGCUUUUGAAACUUGUGAGUAUGACAGAUCUGCUUCCCAAAUGAAUAGACAGGAUGGAGGAUAGUGGCAAGGGUGCUCAGCUGUUCCUCUCCUUGCUGCUUUUCCUCUACAGCUCCUACCCCACUUGUUCCCUCAACCCAGUCUGCACACAUACUGGCAUAGUACAGAUCCAUGGGGUGGGUCUUUGCUGUUCACCUGGCUUCUCAGUACUGGAACUGCUGUCAUUUAUCAGAGGAGGGGCAGCACAGCAUGGCAGUCAGUGCAGGUGUAGCAGCAGAGCCAGUCAGAUGCUCCUAUGUGACACCAACCUCAGCUUGCCCCUGUCCUCAGUAACUGGCAAUGACCCUGAAGUUGGUAAGCAGCACCAUCCUGCUGUGCUCCACAGACUGUUACUGACAAAAGAACCUAAAAGAGAGGAAACCUAAUCAUACUCCUCAACCAAUGAAAGCUUCAAGGUGAUUAAUGUUCACUUAAGCAUACCAGAUGACUGCUCAAAGGUGGCUGAAUUUGUCAAAAAGUGUUUGUUGAGAUCUCUUUGAUAACCACACAAACAGUUACUCCAUCCUUCUACCUUUUGAAACUCUGUAUGGAAACAAAUGAGAUUUGAAAAGUGAAGAACUUACAUAAAUUCCCAAAUCUGGAAGAUCUUCCAUCUUAAUAAGUUGGAUUGCUGGUACUCCAGGGUUUGGUAUACUGCCCUUCUUGAAAAAAUAUCUCAUAAACAAAAAUAGCUAAAGGAACUGCUCAAAUGAUUUAUUUUUAUUUUUUUCUGUAUGUCAUAGUUUUAUUUCUUAUAUGUGUCACCAGUAUAUGGAAAUGUCUGGCACAUCUAAGACUUCAGAGAACCAUUUUCCUCAAUAAUGAUAGAAUGCUACAGGUGGAGAAUACUUUUAUUUUUAAAAGGAAUUUUGUAUAAGUCAAUACUUUAUUAUCCCUUUGGAGCUGCACUGUAUCUUUGUACUUUUGUCCUUCCAGGCUGUAACACUUUAUAGUUUAUAUUUUUAUUUGGUUUCUUUCAUUAUGUUUGCACUUUUUAACAAAACCAAGAAAAUACUAAGUAAAAGAAACUUACAUAGAGGAGAAAACGCAAGCUUGAUGUGAUAAUGUCUCAAAUUGGCAUUAUUACACUUUAAGCAAAUAAUGAAACAUACUGCAUUUUAUUUCUUUUAGGUGCUUCUGCUUCUGAUGAUGUUAAAAAAACAACUUGCAAUAAUUUGCAGGAAACUGAUUUAGCCAGUGAAGAAACAGAGCCAGUGAGUGAUUGUAGCAUUUUUCACAAGGGAUUGAAAUUGAAGAUUUGUAAAAUCCUUAAGAUAAUCUAAGACCCAGUAUUAUGACUGGGCAGAGAAAAGUGGCUUGCCUGAAAAGGGCAGCAAACAUGAGCUAUUUACUAUUUAAUUAAAAUUAAAUAUGUUGUUUACUAUUCAAAUAAUACUUGGGGAAAGUUGGAACUGGCUCAGUGCGGUGCUUUGAGCAUUGCUUGAAGUAUAUGUGUACAGAUUCACCUGUAUGCGUUACUGCUGUUAGCCCCUCUUACACAGUGCUUGUGACAUGACUGUUGGUAAGUGGUUCAGCUUUCAACAUGCCCCACCAAUUCCCAAAUGCUUCCGUAUUUGUUUUCUCUCUUGGGGAGGUGUCUGAUUGUAAUUAGGCUGGGGGCAGUCAGGGGCAAAGAGUUAAGGCCCUCAUUCUUCUCGUGCCAUUGUCCUGAACUGUGGACAAACCAUACUUACAAGCCAUGGUUUGUUGUUGAUUUAUAAACCUUGGCUUACAUUAAUCAUGGCUUAAUGUUUUGUGUGAACCCAGCCGUAGUCUUGCUACUCUGUUCUUAGUCACCUCAUUCAUAACUGGUGACCAACAAAUCAGAAGCUCAGAAAAGCGGGUGGAGCUGGAGGAAUACCUUUUAAGUAUUCUUGGUCAUAUGACCUGUCUACCUCCAGUGGGGGGCCUUAACCCAUAGUUGCCUUGGAGUUCUCCAAACACUAAUCCAAGAAGGAGCCGUCACACCAAGUAUUCAGUGCUCUCUUCUUUGACAAAUUGUGUGUGUAUAGAUAGGAUGGUGAAGGUUAGUUGCAAAUCAACUUCACAGCUGAGCCACAUGGCCAGUGGCGGAGGAAGAGGAGUUCAGGGGGAGUGCACCGCCCCCGGCAGCGCGAUCCUGGUGGGGUGCCAUCGCGGCUAUGCACCACGCCCCCGAGAUGCGCACCAGCCUCGCCCCCGCCUGCUCUCCGCGCCCCCCCCCGGUGCCGGAGCAUGAAGCUCCACUACUGCACAUGGCUUUGAGAUAUUGCUACUGAUGCUGCCAUAGAGGGACGGAAGAGUAGCUUGAUACAAUCGCUUGUAGAUGUGUUUUGUGUUGUGGGCGAGAAAGGCUGCAUUUUACUGUGUUCCAAAGCAGUGCAAUGUGCCUUACUCUCCAUUCUAGUCUCAUAGUGAAGUAGCUCCAGCCAGAAGCACAGAGGUGCCCUGUUUCCUAGGUCAUAAUUAACAUAACCCUGGGAUGUUUUUGUCUGCUUACUUAGGCUGUAAUGGUGCCGGUUCCUCCUUUAAAACAAGGCAUAACUGUUUCCUUGCAGGCGGAUAUACAAACAGACAGGUUUGUUUUCACCUCUAAAUCUUCUAUUCGUAUUUCCUUACAUGGGCAAGGGGCUGAACCUAUAUGUAAAAUAAAAAUAAACUUGCUGAUUGGCAAUUUUGGAGCACAAUUAAUCUGUUUAAAUGUAAGUAGUUUGACUCAUUUGUUCACUUUCCUGCACAGGAAGAAGGUGUGUCUUCUGUUGGCAUAUUUGUGAAGAUAAGAUAAAGUCAUUAUUAAAUUCUUUAUUCAGUUGCCAUAAGUAAUAUAUUCCUGGUUGAUAAUUAGUUCGCUUCCAAUAUAUCUUGCUUUUUUGUGCUUUUCAUCAUUCCCACUGUGGCUGGGAUCCACGCAGUCCUGUGUGUGAGCAGGAGGUAUUUCCAGUCACAUGUGGGUUAGGGACAUUGUCAGCUGGCACAAAGGCUGUCAUGUAAGGACCCCCCCCCCAAUGUGCGCCCCCCACCCCACAAAAUCCCCAGCUCACAUAUAUUCCACAUGCAGCCAGUAUUUAUACAGGCAUGAGUAAAGUUUUGUCAAAUGAUUGUGUGUUUCAUUUUAGCACCUUAUGUAAGGAAACUACUAAAACACAAGAAAUGGAGAAAGAUCUUUAUGAGAAAAAUAUUGGUGUGAAGUAAGUUUUCUUUUAUCUUCCUUUUGAAGUUAUACAAAUACUACAUAAAUGGAAAUGCUACCUUGAGACUGAGUUUUUAAAGGUGUUUUAUUAUAAAAUGGCAUAAGCUCUCAUAGGCAGCAACCUCCUUCAUCAGAUGCUGAGUUGAAACAUGAAUAUUUUGUUAUAUUAAUAGGUCAGGCAAAAAGAAGCAAAGUGGAUCUCCUACAAUGUCUGCAAUGUUUAUAACUUUCACUCUUGUAUAUGGCUCAUUACUUAGAGCCAGAUUUAACUGGGUUGUCACUAACUAAAUUCUACUACUGAAAGACAGGGACUAAAGUUAGUUGUACUAAUUAAUUUCAGUGAGUCUGAUCUGAGUACAACUUGGUUGAAUACAAUUAAUCAUAUUCUUGCUGGUGGUAGUAGUUAGUCAAAAUGUGUGCUUUCUAGCAGCCCUGAGCCUCCCAUAGAGCUGAUGUAACUAUUCACUGAGGCAAUCAGCAGAUAGAGUGUCUUCUGUCUGGAUGUUUUAUAUAAGGUGCAAACUAUGCAGUAAAUGUUUUGGGUGAAACUGACUUGGUAUCUGAUGGAUGUUUUUAAUUGCUAAACAGAUAUUUGUUCAAGAUACUUAGUUUAUCAAUUCAAAACAAGCAUUAUUAUUUGAUACUAGCCUAGUAGUCUAUUCCUUAUGCUAAAUAUAGGUUGGAGCGGCCCAGAUGCAAAUCCUUGCUCAGCCAUAAAGCUUACUGACUGAUUGGCCAAGGUAAUCACCUCUCAGCCAGCCAUGAUGCCUUUGCUCUUUGUCCUCAGUUGGAGGCAGUAAUGCUUCCAAAUACCAGUUGCUGGAAAUAACAGGAGAGGAGAGUGCUCUUGUGCUCAUGUUUGGCUCCUUGAUUUCAUACAGGCAUUUGGUUGGCGACUGUGAGAACAGGAUGCUGGACUAAAUGGGCCAUUGUCCUGAUCCAGCAGGCUAUGUUCAGCUCACAGGGUUGCUAUGAGAAUAAUAAAAAAAAAGAAAUAACUAUAUAUGCCAUCCUGAGUUCUUUGGGAGAAGGGCUGACUAAAAGUGUAAUAAAUAAAGGAUUUUAAGUUGGCAUGUGGUGACAAAGUUUUUUUAAAAAAGCAAACUUGUAUAUUUUCAGGCUUCUACAAUUUUUAAAUCCUUUGAAAGCUGUUGAUGGACAAGAUGAGACUGAGGUAUUUCAAUUAACUGUUGCUUUUGGCAGAUCAUAAACACUUUUGGACUGUUAGUGCCAUUUGAAUAUAUAAAUGAGCUUUUAGAAUUUUGGUUUGUUUAUCUAGUUUUUUGAAUCGAUACAUAGGGUACCUACCACUUCAGAAAUUGCUACACACACACACACACCCCUAUUUCACAAAUUUCUGGAUGAUCUCAAAACUGUCCACUAAUAAUGUGCUUUCCAGAUUGGAACAGGAGGACUAUUUGAAAAUAGAAAGCAAUUUGGGGUUAUCUUGGAAUUUGAUAGCUGAAGGUUGAAUAUCUUUCAGAGUCCUAAUUGUAGCACUGGUAUUCAUGAAAUCUUAGUGAUCCCAUAAAAGACAUAAAUUGUUUUGUGCUUUUUCCUAAAGAAACAAAAAUAUGGAAACAUUUGCAGUGAGGUAGAACAUUUUAAUGCAAAUCAUCAUGUAUCCUGUCUGUUGCAAACUUGUGUUUGUUACCUUUAAUUUUAGAAGCUACAAAUGAAUAGCAGUGCAUUCCGUCCUGCUGUCCUUAAUAAAAAUAUGGAACCGUGUUUAUCUCUUGAAACAGCACCACUGUUUCCAACUCUGAAAAAGGUAACAUUCACUAUAUGAUAUAUAAAAGCAGGGGUUGUGUAUUUGAUUAAAUUCCUCUAAUACUGAAAGCUCAAAAUGAUUUUUUGAAGUUGCACAUGCUCUAAAAAUAGCACUUGUUUCUACUGCCAUCUUCUGCAUAAUAGAAUCCCAGUAAUUCACUGAGGUCACCACAAGGCUGAAUGUCAAUUUUGGAAGAGGGCAUGGAAGACCGAGGCAGCAGUCCUACACACUUAAAUGGAAGAAAGUCCCAUUGAACAUGAUGGGGCUUGCUUUUGAAUAGGGAUUGUCCUGUAGGAUUGUCCUGUGAGUUUUAAAUUGCUGCUUUACCAUGAAGCUCACUAGAUAGCUAUGAGCAAGCACCUUGCACUAAGCAGCCUGACAGGAUGACCAUGAGGAUAAAAUGUUUCAAAGUGACACAUUGUAAUAAUAUGUCCUAAUCCCAUAGAUAUGGCAACUUACUAUCUCUGAACAACAACUGUGAAGCUUUGCAAAGCAGAGCAAGCUAGCUGUUGAUACUCUGCCCAUAGCUGUCAACGUUUUCCUUUUUAAAAGGGAAAUUCCCUUAUUCCAAAUAAGAUUCCUCGCAAGAAAAGGGAAAAGUUGACAGCUAUGACUCUGCCCGCCCCGCUUUAAUACAUCUUAUGCUAGUGGAAAUAAUACAUUUUAAAUAUGAUGUAGCCCAUACCCAGAAAUUGCAUUGCUUAUGGCUUUUUACCCAUUUGUUAGCAGCAGAUCUGAUGAGCAACUCAAAAAGGUUUAAUUGGUAAUUAAGGCUACAACUGUGUGCUUGUUUGCACUCAGGUGCCACUUGUUUCAGUGGAAUUUGUUAGCUUGGCAGGGAAUUGUUUUCCAAGACUAUUAAUAGUUAUAACUGUGUCUGCUUAAAACUUGGUCCUGACCAUAGCUGGUGCUUCUCCAACCCCUGCCACCCCUUAAUGCUGUAUUGAUUUCUCAUAUACAGAAUAUUCAAUAACCCAGACUGUUUAAACCACAUGCUGUCAGCCAUAUGUAGGCUGUCAGCCAGUGAGUCAGUAUACACCUGUAGUGGGUCACCUGGGCAUACACAGGUCGUGGUCUCCACGGAGAUUCUGCAGGAAGCAACUCACAUUGCUCCCUUGUUAACAGGAAAACUGUGGCUGUGUACAUAGUGUAGCAUCAUUUGAUCAUCUCCCUAAGACCGAUUCUUCUAUUUUAAGCAAAUAUAUAAAUACAGUUGAUUCUUUUUUCUCCUGGUAGGAACUUCUAAGGAAUCAGUUCUCAGGACCUAAUCAUGUACAGUCUUAUUCGUGGCCACCAAUAGCUCGCGGAUGUGAUUCAGUUAUUAUCUCUCCUGAAAACGAUCCACUUCUAUAUCUUCUGCCAAUUAUUACAUUUUUGCAGUCAAGAAGUUGCUAUGUAUCACUGCCAGCUCGGAGUGGUGUAAGUAGGAUAUUCAGUUUAUUCCCAAAUACCUUCUUUGUUGAAACCAAGUCUUGAAACAGUGUAGGCUUGGAUUAAGCAGUCAGAAUGUGUGGUGCUUUCUGUGGUUGCUUUUUGGAUGUGGGCUCUGCAUUUGAAUGUGCAUCACAUCACUUCUGAAUGGGACUAUGAGUGGCAACAAUCAUCUUAGUCUCCAACCAAAUGUAAUGUAAAUGGCCAUUGUAACCAUGUCUUAAGAAGCCGCUUAGAAAUGCAGGAAAUAUAGGGAACGUGGGAAUGCUCUAGCCUCUGAUUUGAAUGGCUAAGCCUAACCAGUUGCCUGCCUAGAUAGUUGUAUCUAGAGACCCUUAGUAGUAGAUGUUUGAAUGGGCUCAGCUCAUCCAAAGCUAGCUGCAAGCAAUAGAACAUGAGAUUAACUUUUUAAAAGUUGUGAUAACAUAUUCUUCCUAAGGGAUGCCAUAGAGUAAAGAGAAGGAUCAAACUUUAUCUGUGUAAAUGCCUCUAGUUUGGGGGGCAGGGAGUUGACAGGGAGGGGGAACUAGAACCAAACAGGCUUUCUUCAGGCAUGCAUAUUUGGCAUUAACUAAAUAUGUAUGGGGGGGCAAUGAGAAUGAGCAUACUAGCUUUGUCCUGCCAUUAUUCUCAUUUCCCUCCAUAAGUUGGAGAAUGACUGAUUGGAGUAGGGAGCUUCCAUGAGAGCAAUGGCAAAAGGUUUGUCUGGAGCUAGUGUGCUGAUCCUUUAUAGCAGGCUUCCUCAAACUCUGCUCUCCAGAUGUUUUUUUGCCUACAACUCCCAUGAUCCCUAGCUAGCAGGACCAAUGGUUAGGGAGGGUGGGAAUUGUAGUCUCAAAGCAUCUGGAGGGCUGAGGUUGAGAAAGCCUGCUUUAUAGCAUCCCCUUGCAUGUUUCAGUUAAUAACCAAUGUGCACACUUCAUGAGGGUUAUGCACAGCAAGCCAUUUGGAGGGUUGAGUAAGCAUGCAGCAAAGAGCAGGCCUGAAUGAGAGAGAGGAGUUUUAUAGAAACAAGGCUGUUCAGAGUCUAUAUCACCGUGUGAUUUCCCCACUCCCUUCAUGGAUUUUAAAUAUCUUGGCUAGCUUGCAUUACUUUGAACAGUGAGUUUUCUUUUUAAAGAGAUUUUCUGACUGAUAAACCUCUGAUUCAUGGAAAUGUUUCUGUUCUUAGUAUGAAUUGAUGUCUUGUGUGUGUACAUAGCCAGUGGCAUUAAUCCUGUGCCCAGGACAGAAGAAAGCAGAACUGGUGUUUGAGUUUCUGGAAACUUACAGCCAUUGUUCCAGGCCUAUUCACCCAAUAUUGCUCUUACUAGGAACAAAUAAGGAAGAAAUACAGAGCACAAGAAUUCCAAGAGGAUGUAAGCAUAACAUGAUCGUUAAUGCUGAAAAUAUGAUUGAAUAAAUUUAUCUGGACCAUAAGGGAAUAACAAAAUAUAAAAUGCAAAUAUGGUAUAAAAUCAUACAGUAACAUUAACUUAUUAAAGUGGUCUAUCAUAAGUGUGACUAAAUCAUUCUUAUACCGUUUCAGUGCCACAAAGCGAAAAUGAAAAUAUUGCUUUAAAUUGGCAAUUCACAUGAACUAUAAAAUCCAUAUAAAGAUAACCAAUUAACUGCAGUUUACCAGGACAUGUAUACUUGGCAUCUGACUUGUGUUGUGUAGAAAAAGAGGGGAGGGGAGAAGCUGAAUUCAUCAAAGCUAAUUGGAUUUCACAUUCUUAAUUUGUACCUUGCUAUGCAGAUUUUUGUUCCAGUUGAUAAAGCAAGUUAGAGGGUUAUUACUUUCCAAUUGUCUGUAGCCCUAGAAACAGGAAGCUGCUUUUUAAUACAGAAUUGGUCUACCUAGCUUAGUAUUGAAUACACCAGGGGUCAGCAAGGUUUACCUCGCCUGGGCCAGUUCACUCCAGCAGAGAUCCCUCCGUUGGCCGGAUUGCACACUCACGAUUUCCGGUGUCUGCGUCUGCGCAGAGGCAAUUUCCGGUGCCGCGGAAGCGAGUCGCCGUGCUGCGCCAGUUUAGCGCAGCACGCAGGGACUCGCCAAGCAGGCGGCUCAGUUUGGGGGCAGCCCAUGGGCUGGUUAAACGGCCCCCAUGGGCUGCUUGUGGCCCACGGACCUUAGGUUGCCUACCCCUGGUCUACACCUACUAGCAGUGGCUCUCCAGAGUUUGAUGGGAAUCUUCUUAACCCACUUGGAGAUGCCAGCUCUUGAACCUGGAACUUUCUGAUAGCAAAACACCUACUUUGUCACUAAGCUACAGCACUUCGUAAGUGCAAAUCACUUCUAGGUAACAUAACAGGAAAGCUUUCAUAAACAAAAGAACAGGUUCUUUUUUUCCCUUGGGUUGUCUGUGGGUCAUCAAUUAUUAGCUAGCAUGGGUGUAACUGGGAUACAGGCUAGUAGUUUUUGAUGGUACUUUAUGCUUUUUUUGAGAUUUCAACCAAAUAAUGUGACAACUUCCUUACAGGUGAGGUCCUUAUAACAACCCCAUAUACCCUUCUGAGGUUGCUUGAAUAUCACAGCUUACUGUUCCUCAGGCUCUGCCAUCUUGUGUUUGAUGAAAUUGAUGUGUUGUUUGCUGAAGCCAACAUAGAAGUAAGUGUGGGUUUUUGCACAUGAGAUAAAUGUGCUAAUAUAAUGUGAACUCAAAGAAUAUUAUAAAAAAGAUACAAUCUUGGUUGCCCCUAGCACAGAUUGUGCUUUCCCCCAAAAUAGUCAACUAUACAGUAUUGUGUAUGUCAAAUAUACAGUGCUAAAAAGUUCUUCCUGGUGCGGAACCAGGGAUUGCCUGUGAACCAAAGACCUAGUUCCACCCAAAGCAGCUAGUUGAUUAGUACUGUAAGUUAAAUGUCUUCCCAUCACCAAUUCUGCCUGUAGUUUACCCAUAGUAUUACUUUUAGCAGAUGGAAAAGAUAAUGAUGGGUGUUAAUUCCUGUUUUAUAGAUAUUUCGUAUUCUAGAAUAUUACAAAACAGCCUUGAACGUUGAAGAGAAAGAAUCUGCACCUCAGCAGAUCGUUGCUCUCGGAAGGCACUGGAGCAAAUACAUAGAACGCUUAACCAAAGAGUUCAUGAAUGAUCCGUAUGUUGUGAUCACAUCCAUGGAAGAAGCUGCCAUAUAUGGCAAAGUGCAACAGGUAAAAUAUUAGGAGCUUUACAGCUCUCUUAUAUAUUUGCUUUUGGAUUGAAGACUAGGCUCUGCACAGGUUCACUAACUUUUCCAGGCACAAAUUAUAAGCACUGUGGCUUUUAAACUACUAAGUGGAAUUUGGAGGUUGAGAUUGGCUAUGUACAGAACAAAUCCAGUUGGUCAGACCUGUUGGUUAAGAAGCUGGAAACAUUAAGGGUUAUAAUAAGAGUAACUUCCUCAGUUUUGAGAAUAGCAUCAAGAAUGGUUCCUAUGAAACCUGCUGGUUUAGCUAUGAUGUGCAAAAAUAGGAGGAUAAGAAUGCUUAUUAUGUGUGUACGGUUUCUUGAGCUGGUUACUUGAAAGUAAGAUUGAGAGGUGCUCAUAAAUUUUUCACAGAACAAUUUCAUGAAUUUUCUAUCCCAGAAGCGCUGAUUAAACAAAAGGAUAAAUUAAACUAUUGUGGAACCCCAUCUUCAUGUUAAAUAGGGUUAAUUCAGCAUCUCCAUAUAGAAGGUUGUAGCCAGUGCUAGUCCUACUCAGAGUAGACCUAUUGACAUUAAUAGGCAUGACUAAUCUUGGUCCAUCAAUUUCAGUGGGCCUACAUUAGGUAACAUUGUUGGAUACAAGCCAUGGGUAUUUUUAUUCCCUAACAUAAAGGGGAAGCAGAAGUGAAAUACUUGGCUUUUAUAAAGAGUGAUUUAAUUUAACCUGACACAUUUGAACUACAUGUGAUUUCUAGGUGGUGCAGCUUUGCCUUGAGUGUGACCGAAUCUCGACUUUACUUCAGUCAUUGGACUUUACUCCUACUAAUGUUCAGAAAACAUUGAUUUUCACCAGUUCCGUAGAAGAAACAGAUAUAAUUUACAAGGUAUUUCCCCCCUAAAUGAUACAGUCCAAAUUGUUUAGAAAGAAAGAUUCUCCUCUUUUCUAUCCCGGUUAAUGGAUAAAUACAUAGCUGAAAAGGCAAUAAGAGGGUGUUGCAAAAGGAAGAGGUUUUAUUUCUUAUUUGAAAAGCCAGCUUUUCUAAGCUUUGCAUAAGGCAUAUGAAGUGUUGUCCUAUGGGAAUCUCAAAGCAGGAAAAGCUAGUCACUUCCAGAAAAGGACUGGUUUCCUCCCCCCACCCCCCAGUGGUGAGAUAUACUCCAAAUCUGGUAUCAGUAGUCUUAAGUGGUCAAUUGGCGAUUUUAGGCACUUGAGCGACUCCCCUAAUGACUUUGAACUUGCAUUACUCAAAAAUACCAAUGCAUUACAACAGAGCCAACCAAUUAUGAUUAGUUGGCCCUUUGUAAAAGAAUUGUGGGGUGAAAACCCGGACCCCAAAUAUUGCUUUCUCAGCCAGGAUGCAAAAUCUCAGGUACUCCAGGUGACACUGUUUUGCUACAUCAGCAGAUAAGGGUGUUUUGCAUGCAACUCCAGCAGCAGGACUGAUCAACGUUAAGGCACUGGCUGAGGUCCCACCCACAUCGCUGCCACUUGCUGGCCCUGGUCCUCCACAACAGGAGCCCAGAUCAAACAUGAGGGGCAGGCAAGAGGCGUUGGCGGCGCCGGGACUGUCUGCCUAUGGGGCUGCCUCAAAAGCAGCAAACAGAAACAGCUGGGGUUCAAAGGGCAAAGAUUGAUAACAGCACCCGAGCCCUUUCACUCUCAUGAAUACGGCUAACAACUCUUCAAAAAAACAAACAAACCUUUGCUUUUGAAGCUGUUACAUUAUUUUGUUUGCUAGAAAUAAAUAUUGAACUUGAGGGGUAAUUCAACUAGCUUAAAAAUGUGGCAGAAUGGUGUGCCUGUGUCAGAGAGACAGACAAGGAAAAUAAUAGGCAGGAGAUGCUUGCCAGUGGCUUCUGAAACCACUGCUUGGUGUUUCAAUCCUCCCCACUUUGGCACUGUUGACAAAUUAUACUGAUGAAAUGAAAGCUUUGGCUAACUCGGAUAGAUUUUUGCAUUGAAGGACUCUGCGUGCCAUUGAGUUAUUCAAAAUAAACCCCAUAUCUCAUCAUUCUUUAAUUUGAGAUAAAAGCAACUAAGAUUAAAAAAUCUACAGUGAAAGACGUUUUCUUGCACUCAGGCUCUGCUUUGUCAGAGGCAUGAAAUAUUCGUUUGCAGGAAUAAAAAAUUAUUAGGUAGGAGUUUGACAAUGAGAUUCAAAAAAAUGCAGUUGCUGAUAAUGAGAGUUCACAUGUCUGUUCAGUUGGUACCCUUUUUGCAGCAGCCAGCAGGUGAUAGUGGGGCUAAGAGGAAGGAGUUCAGAAGUGGAAAGGAAAGGAAAAGACCAAGGGGCCAGCCUUGGUUGCCUGUGUUCUGAAACAUCCCUGAAGGGAAGGACAAAAGUCCUGGUAUGACUGAUAAGGCUUUGCCUUGUUAGUGGAGUGUUCCCACAACAACCAAAGUCACUGUGUUGAUUCCCUUGCUGCAGGGGAUGUGUUGGGAUACUGCCAGGGAGACAAAGUCCAUCAUGGCCCCCAAGCCGGCUGCCGGACGAUCCAUCGAUCUCUGGUAGUUACAGUAUCGGCAAUUAGCGACACCAGUUUCCAGAAAUAGCUUGCCACAUUCCAGAGCUCAUGCACACUCUAUCAGCAGAUAAUUCACAGCAGAAGUUGCACGCAGGAGAGCAUUAUUUACAAGUUUUAUUCAGCGUUGAUCAGAACAAAGAAAAACAUGACUGCCUGCAUCAGUGUCUCCAGACACAGAGAGAGAAACGAAAGCAACAGAAAAAAAUAUACUUCCUGUGAACAGGAAAUACGCAGACUCUGUGACUCACAGCCUGCUCCCUUUUAAGGUGGAACGGAAAUAUCCUAACAGGAUGAACGUUUCUUCGGGCUGCAAAGCAGUAAGGCAGGCAACAGGGAAGGCACUUCUGAGUUGAAACAGCAUAAAUUGGCAACACAAGCAGUGCAGCAAAGUUUACAGAGGCAGCGUUUUCACUGCUGCUGAUAGGUACAAGAUCUUACCAAGGAAUUGAUAAGCAUUCCAAAUGAAUUGGUCUUUGUCUCCUUAUUUCACAAAAGGCCAUGUAUUUGUUUGAUAUAUAAAUGAAUAUAAUCAUCCAGGGACACAUUAGCCUUCAUUUAAGGGGUAAAUGAAACUGACCCUUUAGACAGUGAUGGCCAAACUUGGCCCUCCAGCUGUUUUGGGACUGCAACUCCCAUCAUCCCUAGCUAACAGGACCAGCGGUCAAGGAUGAUGGGAAUUGUAGUUCCAAAACAGCUGGAGGGCCAAGUUUGGCCACCACUGCUUUAGAACGUAGAAAAUAAAAGAUGACUCAUGACCAGACUUUUAAUUCUGAAUGUAGCAGUGUUCAAUUCAGUUUGUUUGUUUGUUUGUUUGUUUGUUUGUUUGUUUUUUAAAUCAGAGCAUUGUUCAGUAAUUAUACAUUUCUUUUGUAAUCCACAUUGUUUGAAACCAUUCUCUUUUUUAAUUAGGCAGUGGAGAGCACUUCAAUAUUUUGUUUGAAAAUGCACCCAGACAUUGGAUUUCAUUUUGAUUAUGUUUUAGAGCAAUGGGAAAAAUUUUUUAGCUCUGGCACACAUGUUGUACUAGGUAAAUAUAUUGUUUUUCUCACAUAUGCUUGCUCUAAAACCUUUGUCAAAACUAUAGUGACUCUCAAUCUCUUUCAUUACAAUUUAAUUAGAUGUAUUAUUUGCUAUGUUAUCAUUAAACUGUUCAGAUAAUUAUUGUCUCCCAAAGUGACUCACGUAAAAAAAAAUAAUUAAAGGGGGGGGGAGGUUGCCAUCAGGUUUGCAGGCUACAGUUUCCAGUUCUAAGCACCCCAUGUCAAGAAGCAUAUUGACAAAUGAACAUGUGCAGAGGAGGGCAACCAAGAUGACUGAGGGUCUGGGAACCAGUUCUUAUGAGGGAGUUGGGAAGGUUUAGCCUGGAGAAGAGAAGACUGAAAAGGGAUACAAUGGCCAUCUUCAAAUAUCAGAAGGGUUGUCACAUGGAAGAUGGAGCAAGCUUGUUUUCUGCUGGUCCAGAAAGCAGGACAUUAACAAAUAGAUUCAAAUGACGAGAAAGGAGUUUCUGACUAUACAUUAGGAAGAACUUUCUGCGUGAAAGAGCUGUUUGACAGUGGAAUGGACUCCCUCAAAAUGUGACUAGAUGGCCCUUUGGGUGCCUUCCAACUCUAUGAUUCUGUGACUUUAGAAAGUGGUUGCCUCUCCUACCCUGGAGGUUUUUAAACACAGGUAAAAUAACCACCCAUCAGGUAUUCUUUAGCUGUGAUUCCUGUGUUUCAGGGGGUUGGAUUAGCUCACCCUUGGGGUCCCUGCCAACCCUACAAUUCCAUGAUUCUAUAAAAAAGACAAGACACGCUUGGGAAAGGGAGUGAAAGGAGAGUAGGUAGAGGAGGGAAUUCAUUCUUCAAGGUUAGAGCAAAGUGCUGAGCUACAAGCAUUUAUAUCCAAUUUAGACCCGGCAGGUUUCCCUUUGCCUGGUCAUCUUGCUUAAAUCUCUGUUUAUGUCUUUUGUUCCUUUGACUGAUAGCUGAGGCCAGAGCAUCCUUUUCCCUUGCUUCUGCAGCCCCAGGAUAACAGGCAGUUGACAUCCAGUAUGUUUUGGCAAGAAGGGAGGAAAAAUGCCAGGUACAGUGGUACCUCAGGUUACAAACGCUUUGGGUUUCGAACUCCACUAACCUGGAAGUAGUUGCUCCAGGUUGCGAACUUUGCCCCAGGAUGAGAACAGAAAUCGUGCGACGGCUUCAUAGCGGCAGCGGGAGGUCCCAUUAGUGAAAGCGCGCCUCAGGUUAUGAACAGUUUUGGGUUAAGAACGGACCUCCAGAACAAAUUAAGUUUGUAACCCAAGGUACCACUGUAUCUUGCAAAGGUUUUUCCAGUUUCAGACUUGGGGCAACAUGGUAUCAAGCAGAUUAUAGCAAUUUAUGUAACAUAAAACCCGGCUAAGGAUUAAUCAGUUAACUAAAAAACAGGGAAAUUAUGAUAGAAAAGUUCCUUGUUUGUCUACAUCAUUUUAUGCUAUUCCAAGUACUUCUGAUUGAUGAUUUUUAUACAGCUUGCCACAUUGGUGCUUUUUAUCAUUACCAGUAUUGUCAUUUUAAAUAGGAGAGUGAUAGGAAAGUGAUUUGCAGGAGCCCUCCUAGAACUUGAAAAUCAGAUGAUGAGAAGUAUGUGUUGGUUAGGAGUGAAGUAAUAAAUUAGUGUUGGUUUGGGACUAAAUUAAUUUUGGUUUUGCCUUGCAGUGGUUUUGAAUUAUAUGUUUUUUGGUUUUGCUUUCCAGUUUUAACCGAUGACUGCAUAAGAACCUUAGGAAUUACUGAUGCAACUCGAGUCGUUCAUUUCAGUUUUCCUGCAUCUCCAAGAAUUUUUGGUGCACGCUUAUACUGUUUGUCUGAUAACUUCCAAAACUCAGUUGGAAAGGUUUGUACAAACCAAAUGAACUGUUUAUGACUGCGGAAAUUUCAAACAAAAAAUCUCCCCUUGUUCCCCUGCCCCUCCUCUAUCCUAAAAUUCUGCCUGUGAUCUUCAUUCCUCCAGCUCCACCACUCUUGAUCCUUCAAUUUUUUUCUCAAAGCGGUUUUCCUGUUGUCUUAGUCCUCCUAACUCCUGACACUUUCUCCCAGAAUGCUCACCUGUUUACCUCCAGGCCUAUUUCUUCAGUGACAUUAGAUUAAACCCCUUUAUUCCUAACUUAAAUUAAAUUUUAAGUGUGCAAGUCUAUCUGCUGGGAUUUUGAUCAUGUUGCCAUUUGCUUCCCUUCCUCUGGUGUCUGCCCCACUGUCAAAAUUUUGGUUGCAAGGUUAUUGAAGAAGAAGAAGAGUUUGGAUUUGAUAUCCCGCCUUUCACUCCCCUUCAGGAGUCUCAAAGUGGCUAACAUUCUCCUUUCCCUUCCUCCCCCACAACAAACACUCUGUGAGGUGAGUGGGGCUGAGAGACUUCAAAGAAGUGUGACUGGCCCAAGGUCACCCAGCAGCUGCGUAUGGAGGAGCGGAGACGCGAACCCGGUUCCCCAGAUUACGUGACUACCGCUCUUAACUACUACACCACACUGGCUCCACCACACUGGAGCAGGGACACCUCUUUUACUUUUGUUGUUGAUAACACCCAUUAUAAUACCUGAUAAUAAAAACUGAAGGCAAAUGUUGCAUUUUCUCCCCCUUGCGAAGAUUUCGUCUCUGGAAAAAGAACAGCCAAAUGCAAAAUCCAUCUUGCUGUUGACAGAAAAGAGUGCACCCCAUGCUGUUGGAGUAAUGCAUUAUUUAAAACGCACAGAAACCAACAUUCCACCUGAAUUAUGCAACUUUACAUCUGGAGUGCUGGAGGCCAAAGAAGACAGAAAGAAAGGAAGACCUCUCUGUCGCUACCUUAAAGCAUAUGGAGUUUGCAAGUAAGAAAAUACCUGUUAACUUAGCAACUAGUUUCCUACCUUUAAAAAGACAAAGGGAAAUGAAAUUACUUAUUCAAUUCUUAAAUGAUAUGAUCACUUAAUCACUUGGCAAAAGCAGAUUGUCAGUUGUAUGGCACAGGCAUUCUGUCAAUGCUUUGCCAGGGCUACCCACCUGUUCCUCACCACCACAUUUGGAUAACGCAAGGCAGAGUGGUGGUGGUGGGAGGAGGAGGAGAAAUGGCUUGUUCUGCUCUAGAAGAAGACAAAAUGCACAAGGAAAGAAGUGGCUUAGAAAAAAGGUUCUGCCUUAAAAUCCUGUGGAGAGGAAAAGGUUCCUUCAAGAUUCUAUGGUGUGAAAUUUAUAAGGUAGGGUUGUGGGAGAAGCUUGAUGGACCAUUGAUCUCUUUGGAAAGAUUGGCCCAAAAUAAAGAUUGAGUUCAGUGAAACAAUUUUUUUUAAAAAAUGAAUAAAUGUAGAAACAACUUUAGUUUUUUAUAUUGGGAAAAUUCUUUCUUUUUAAGGAAAGAUUUUAUUUGAUUUUGGCAGAAGUUUAUUUAGGAUAUCUUUUUCUGUAGACAAAAUUUAUAUAGUGUUCUGUGAAAUUUUCUUUUUAAAAUGACCUGCAUAUGAUUUUUAAAAAAAAACAUCUGGCAUAUUCAGACUAUUCAAAAAUGUAUUUUUUACUUGUUCUCUGAGACUGUUACAUUUAUACCAGCACCCAGAGUCUGCAUCCUUCAGCAGUAGCUGGAGAAGGCAUAGAGACCUUAUAAAGAGGAAAAUGCAUAACUUGUAGACCAGGCUUCCUCAACCUUGGCCCUCCAGAUGUUUUGAGACUACAAUUCCCAUCAUCUCUGACCACUGGUCCUGCUAGCUAGGGAUCAUGGGAGUUGUAGGCCAAAAACAUCUGGAGGGCCGAGGUUGAGGAAGCCUGCUGUAGACAGUAGUAUUGUGCAUUAACAAAGAGAAGGCAAUUCCUGGUGUGAUUAUUAAAGCACUUGGAAAUGCGCAUUCUGCAUUUAGGCUGUCAUUUUAACCUAAGUGCAUGAGCUGUACCACCAAACUACAGUCCUUUCGAUUUCUCCAGGGAAUCUUGUGGAAUUUAAGUGAGCCACCUCCUGUAUGGAUGGCUACUUUGGGGCUCACAGAAGUAUUUUUUUCUGAAUUUAUUUCUCAUGGUGAACUGGUGUGCCCUAGUGUACAGUUUGGGAAUUACAGCUCUUGAGUUUUAUGAGUCCUGCAUUCUGUAUUUUUUCCCUGCUUUCCACGGCAGUUAUAGGGAUGGUUGUCAUUGGCUUCAUUCUUGCAAGCAACCAUAAGCCAGGGUCAGAAAUAAGCCAUGGCUUUCCAUGAGCAGCCAGGGUACUCUUGCACAGAUGCUCCUGCUCUGCCUUGCCUGCCUCUGGAAGAAACAAGCAGUGAGGCUUGGUUUAGCAUAGCCUGUGAGCUAAUGCUCAGAGUCUGUUUCUCACCAAACAAAUCACAAUAAGUCAACCAAGGAGAGAAACAUCCCACGAGUAGUGGGUCAUAUGUAGUGUUAAGCGAAACCUCAUAGUCUGUCUCUUCCAGAUGCAGACAGGCUGGCUGGAGUGGAGUAAAAGUUCUUUCAGCAUUGGGUACUGGCAUACUGCACAGGAAACUGUGGUUUAUUUCUGGCUAGGGCUUACUGUUAAGUACAAAGCAGGCCAACAGAUGCCAUUUACAGGUGUCACCCCAUUUAAGCAUGAUUGAUUCACCCAUGACUGCAUAUAUGUGUGGCACCUGGAAAUGAAUAAUUCAAACCCAGAAAUCACAGGAGAGAGAUGGAGAAUCAUCAUGGCACGCAAGGAGACAUUCCCUGGAGCCCGAAGACGACGUCAGUGAGGAUAGAGGAAGCCCAGAAUAAACCAGAGGUGCAGCUGCACUUUGUUUAUGCUUAUCAGCCUAAUAGCUGAUGUGGAGGGCGGGUAGUGCUUUGCUGCACAUCCCCCAUCCUCCUGCCAGGCCUAAAGCUUCAAUUCUAGUUGUGGAUAUUUUUGGAUACGGUAUUUUUGAUAUGGAUUGAAGAGAGAGCGACUUGGACUACUGCAAUGCGCUCUAUGUGGGGCUACCUUUGAAGGUGACAUGGAAACUACAAGUAAUCCAGAAUGCGGCAGCUAGACUGGUGACUGGGAGUGGCCGCCAAGACCAUAUACAGUAACACCAGUCCUGAAAGACCUACAUUGGCUCCCAGUACAUUUCCGAGCACAAUUCAAACUGUUGGUGGUGACUUUUAAAGCCCUAAACGGCCUCGGCUCAGUAUAUCUGAAGGAGCGACUCCACCCCUAUCAUUCAGCCCAGACACUGAGAUCCAGCUCCAAGGGCCUUUUGGCAGUUUCCUCGCUGUGAGAAGUGAAGUUACAGGGAACCAGGCAGAGGCCCUUCUUGGUAGUGGUGCCCGCCCUGUGGAACACCUUCCCAUCAGAUGUCAAGGAAAGAAACAAUUAUCUGACGUUUAGAAGAUACCUGAAGACAGCCCUGUUUAGGGAAGUUUUUAGUGUUUGAUGUUUUAUCGUGUUUUUAAUAUUCUGUUGGGAGCCACCCAGAGUGGCUGGGGAAACCCAGCCAGAUGGGUAGGGUAUAAAUUAUUUAUUUAUUUAUUUAAAGGGUCCUUAGAGGGUAUUCCUCACUUUACGUGCUUUCACUUGUGCCAGGAACGUAACCCCUGCCGUAAGUGAAGAGUCACCUGUAUUCUUACCAGCCACCUGUAUUCUUGUCACCUUCCUGGCAUUUGCUCUCUUAAAAUACUGAAUUCUUCUUUUAUCAUUAUUCUGCCACAGGGAUAAGAAACGCUGUCCAGAUCGACAUCGAGUUAGUUUACAAAUAGAUGUGCUACAAAAGGUAACAAAUGAAACUUUGCCUGCAACUGGAAAUGUAACGGUAAGUUAGUAGUACAGCUUCAUUCUUGCAUGUUAAACGUGGUGUAUCUAUCUUCUGGUGGAAGAGAGUUCAGGCCCCAGAGCAUGAAAGAAUCAGAGCUCCAGAUAAUUUCUUUUGAUCCGCUGAUCACAGAUCUUCUGCCUUCCCAAACUUCAUUUUACAUAAUAAAAUGAAUUUUCCUCCUCCACUGCAAAUCUUUCACAGAUGAUUCCCCCCCCCCCUUAUAGCUGUUUAUGCUGGCAAAAGUAAACUGAGCUUUCUUUGUGGAAACUGGACUGUGUUUCAUAAUAGGCAUACUGGGGAACUGGAGCAGCAGUCUUUUUAAUUACUGUAGGAAGAUACCUUAGAUUUCCCCCCAAAUUUUUGGAGUACCUAUGGUUGCAAGCUGCUAUGUAUACAUGGCCUUGUCAUCACUGAUGUAGUAUAUUACUCAAAUUAGAUGUGAAUGUGGAAGAUCUGUGUUGUUAACAAUCCAUCUGCUGCAGUCAGACAGAAAGUUGGGCAGAGCAGCACUCAGUCUGAUUUUAAGCUCCAGAGCAGAGUGCAACAGUCAGGGGGCUGAGACUCUCACAGCCCUCUUUCAAGGUACUGUUCCCACUUGGGGAACUAAUGCUUGGAAGAGAGCCUGGCUGAGAGGUUUGUUGAUUGAUGAUACAGAGAAGGAAGCCUUGGGGGGAUGCAGUCUCUCUCACUUCCUCCUUUUCUCCUUAAAAUGGACCACUUUCCUUACUUGCACAUUCUGUAUAAUUCCAGUAGGUUUGGAUAAAACAUUCAGAGGUCCUUCACUUGCAUGUAGUUUAGGUCUCAGAGACUCGGCUCAUGUGGGAAAGAGAGGGGAGGGAAACAAUCAAGAAGAGAUUUGUUAAAAGUGCCAGAAAUGAGGCCAGAACAUGAGAAAAGUGCACCCUCUGCACAUGCAAGGAUGUGGCGAAACCUUUUGGAAUGUUUAUUACAAGAUAUGUUUUACGUGUUGGUAUGAGUUUUCUUGUUUGUUAUUAUUGCAAUCUGAAAAAGAUGAGUGCUGGAAGCAGGUGAAUUUAAAACAAACAUUUAAAUCCAGUGACUUGGGAAUACGCCUAUUUGCUAAAGUUGCAGCACUCCUUUUCACAUUUAUUUUCCCUCUUUCAGAUCCUCCCUCUUUUUAUUGUGGAUGCCACAAACUACUUUGGCCGCAUUGUCAGUAAACAGAAAGAUCCAUAUGCAGCUCUUGCAGAUGAAGUGAAUGCAUAUUAUAAAAAAGCCAAGAAUCUUGUCCCUGCUGACCCAUUGGAGAAGCUAGCAAUGUAUGGAUUACGUGAAGAAAACACUUUCCACAGGUAGAAUGUUUCGCUUCUUCUGCAAACAAAUUUUGGUAUAAUCUAGCCUAGCGGUUUUCUAUGCCAGUAAAAGCUAUUCAGACCUAGGCACAGAGAUGUACAACUAACAAUAUAAUCUGUACAACAUAAUUUGUAAAUGUUCAAUAUUUCUGGAUGGAUUGCUUUAUACAGGCUUGCUUGGAUCCUGUUAUGUACUGAGUUGAAUAGGAUCCAAACUGCAGCAGUCUGAUUGGUCCUAGAACAAUAGGACCCAAAUUGCAGCAGUCUGAUUGGUCCUAGAACAAUAGGAUUCAGAAUGCAGCAGUCUGAUUGGUCCUAGAACAAUGCAGCAGUAUGAUUGGUUGGCAGGAACCACCCAAUCAUGCUCCAGAUAUAAGUGAAUCCACAACCUGAUUAGCUUACAGUAGAAUUCCAGAAUUAGCCAAUCAUGUGCAGCCCAUUGUGUAAAUAAUGUAUAUAAAGCAGAUACUUUGAGGGGACUUUGAUUCAUUCCUCCUCACCACUAUGAGCUGAAUAAAGAGCAUGAAAUCACUUUGCGACUCUGAGUAUAUUUCAGAUCCCCCACUCCUUUCUUUAUGGGUGCCCAUGGGAUCAUCUGGGAAGCACUUAGCCUCAAUAUAACUUCCAUAAAAAAUGUAAACACAAAUAAACCUUUAAAGAUAGAUUUGUGCUGGAAUGGCUGGUACAGGGAGAAGAACUGUGUGAUCCGAAUUCACUGAUGUCAUAGGCACUGUACAGUGGGUGCCUGUGAAGUCAUGAAGUCUCAUUAGCAGAAUUCACCAACAAUGUUGCUGCUACAAGGAAGGGAGAAUUGCAUUUUAACAGCAGAACUGAACUGCAGUUUUAGUCCUAGAUUUCUUGAAAUCUGGAAGGAAGUUUACGAGCAUAGCAUCAUCUCUUAAAGAUAAACCUUCUAUACAAACACAUAAGAAUUCUGUUGGUUUAACUUUACCUUAUAUGUUGGAAAUUUUUUAAUUUCCCUUUCUUCCAUUCUGUUACAGGGUCCAGGUGCUUGAAGUACCACCCAAGGGAGAAAACUCUGUAUUUUAUAGCGUUCAUAUCAAGUAUAUAGAUGAAGGCAGAUUUGGUCAAGUUCAAAAUUAUAAAUUGCUUUACUUACCUGAACAAUUCCAAGCUUUGCCCCCUCAAGCAGUGGAAUUUAUUGUUUGUCGAGUUAAACCCAUUGAUAAUGAAGUGGAAUGGAAUCCAAAAGUAAGUUUACUCCUUUUUCUUACUUUCAUUUGUGUUACGGUACACAGAGAAAUCGGUGCCUAAACUUGUUUCAGUAAUGGCCAGCUAUUUUUUGUUUUUGUUUUUUAAAACAACUUUUUGCAGGUCACUAGCCUGUAUUAAGCAAAACAUUUGAUAUCUGAGGAUUUUUCUUUUUUGUUAGGUUACGAGAUACAUUAAUCAGAUGAUCAGAGGGAAAGCUCAUGAAGCAAAAAUAGUACUUGCUUUGGGAAACACAAUUUGGGUGGAUCCAGUGGUAUGUAGCAAAACAUUAAAUACUUUAUCUAACUGCCUAAUAAAUUCCAAAGUGAACUUCUUUUAAGUUGGUACUGAGGAGUCUUCCUUCCUUCCUUCCUUCCUUCCUUCCUCCUUUUGAAUAUGGGAUACUUUGAAUGUGGUACAAGAUACUUGGUUUUCUCAGGUUUGCCACAUUAUACCACUUUGAUCAGCAUGCUCCCAGCUUGGUGGUUGUAUUAUCAGGUGGUUUUGCUGGGAUAUUAUGGAUUUAAGGACCGUGAAAAGAAUUAUUCACUGAGGUUUGGUUUAGAAGUCUCCAGUACUGCCAUCUUAGUAUUUUAACAAUGGAUAGACAGAUUUUACAAAUGGUUUGGAAAAUCUUCCCAAACAUUUGAGCUGCUAGUUUUUAGAGGAGGCAUUAUUGACAUGGCACCGUUUUUACAGUGGGCAACUUUGAUUUUAAGAAGGACUUGGCCACAUCUGUAUUAGUGAUGAAAACAUUAAUAAUUUAUCUGGUGGUGGGAGAUUUCUGUGUCCAAAAGCACAGAAAUUUUGGCAGGAAAUUUUGGCAGUCCUUACUGAUCAUCACAGAGAUGUUGAAAUAGAACUGGGAUUAGCUUUGCUCUCUUUAUUUAAAGGGUGCAGAAGGGAUCACCCUUGUAAGAAUCUGAUAAACCACCUCCUUGUGGCAGCACACAUGCAUCUGGGAUUAGAAAGAUGCAGACAGAUGUACCAUUCACAAGUGGUGUGAUAGGGUAUGGUACUUGGUUUGACUGUGAUGAUCAGUAAGGAUUGCAAAAACUUUCUGCCAAAAUUUCUGUGCUUUUGGAUACAGAAAUCUCCCACCAGAGACAGAUCAAUGUACCAAUCUAAGGGCUCAACUCUAGUUGAUAGUUGCAGCAGAAAGAAGGAAGAUAAGGAGGUCAGUUUCAUAGUCAUAACUAGGAAGUUUGAGGGAUGAAGGAGCUGCAAACUAGUGGUGUGAAAGCAAAUACUACUUAUUCAUAAUUAAAUUUCAGGUUCGUGUCACCAGACUUCUAGAUCUGAAAACGUCUAUUAAUGAAUACAAUAUUCGUUCUGAGAUCCUGUCUACUGGAAUGGGAACUGACAACCCAGAACACAUCAGUGAACUCCAGAAGUUAUAUAGAGAUGCUGAAACGGUUCAAGAGGAAAAGGAAUUACCUUCAUUGUAAGGGAGUGACUUCAAUUUCUUCUUUUUAAAUUAUGAAGCUUUAAAUUUUUAGCUAAAGAAGUGUUGUGUGUACUAAAAUUAGAAGGUAACAGUUCAAUGACAUAUUGAGAUCAUAACAGAGGCUAAGGGAUUGCAUUAGCUGGCAUUCUGUUCUCCUUAGUUUUAUAGCACUUACAUUUUAAUAACACCUGUUUAGGUAGUUUUCAGGGGUGUUGCAGUUUCAUUCUGAAACUGAGGUUGAUCUGUUUGAGCAUUAAUUACUUGGUUUGAUAUUGGUUUUACUGUAUUUUACAGUUUAUGAUGUGAGUCACCUUAGGAGGGGUAUAUAGUCCUUGAAAUGCAAUGUAUAAAUAAGUUAGUAGGGCUUUUGCUCUUGGAUACACAUGGACAAACUACUCUCGCUAUUCUGGUAACCUCUGUUGUUGAGCUUUCACCACAUUUUCUCUGAGAGCUCUCCUUGUUUAAUAGAUUCAGUUCCAAAACUUGUCUUGGUGUGGAACGUCUUGAGUGUCCGGGGUGAGUGUAGCUGGUUUCUAGUGUGCUGGAGUCUCAAAUUAGUUUCUAAGGCUGAGAUUGACUAGAGAGAGAAGGAAACUUCCCUCCUAGGUGAGUCCUUUCCCAAGUGUCCCUGUGGUGAUUCCUUUUUAAGCCAGAAGUUUGGGGCAGGCUGCAUUUGAGCAGGGAAAGGCUGUUUAACCCUUUCUUCUUGUGUCAUUUUCUAACUCAGAAUCAGUGUGCCCAAGCUUCUGUUGCACCCAAAGGUAAAAAUCUUUGCACCAGAGGAUUAAAAACAAUGCGGGGAGUAUAAUUUUUGAGCAGGAAAAUGACACAAGUAGAAAGUAUUUCAUCAUCCUUCCUCAUCACAGCCUUUUUCCACGCAGACAUUCUGCCCCUAGCUGGAGGUUUUAAAAAGCAGGAAGAACUGCAGAACACGUUGAAGCCUAAAUGUGCCUUAUAUUGGCUGGAGACCAACAUCACUCAGUGUCUGGACUGCUGCCCAUCCAAUGAGUAAAAUGUUCUUUUAAGCAAAGUGCACUGUAACAUCUCACACACCCCUUUUAGGAUACAUCCACUGAAGUGUGGGGUUAGUGAGCAGGCCGCAUCUCCUUCACAAAGCAUCUUGGACCAGGCUACUCUCAAUUCACAGGCCUCCAAAGAACAAGCCGUAUCCAAUGUGCGGAAUGAUGUGCAAGAGGGUGAUGUUAUUACAAAUCAGAGUUUUUCUCAAGAAACUUUACAAAAUCAUCAUGGUAAGUAUGCUGCCUUGAAAGGACCUUUAUGAUUGAUUGAUUGAUUGAUUGAUUGCACACACGUGUGUGUUAUCUCCAAAUAACGGAAGGUGGCAUACACACUGCCUUCCAUGUCCAAUUUAUCCUCACAACAACUCUCUGAAGUAGCUUAGGCUGAGAGUUAGUGACUGGUCCAAAGUCACCCAGGUGGCUUCGUGGCUGAGUGGGGAUUACAUAAAAAGAGUUGGCUUCAGACCCUAAAAUUAAUAUGCAAUAGUUUUAAGGGCACAAGGUUAUAGGAUGAUAUUAAAACAAAUAUGGAACAACAAAUAUAAACAGCUGUUAAUGCAACAAACAACAACAGUAAAGAAGAUCGCACAUGGGUGAAGGGAAGUAACAGGUUUAGGGGGAGGGAAAUGAGGGCAUUAAUUGAAAAAUUGUUAGAUAUAUAUGGGACCUAAGAGAUAAAGGAUAAGGAACCGAAAGGAGACAAAUAUUAAGGAAUAGUAAAAUAAGGGAAUCUGAGAAGAAUCAGUACAAACGAAAAUAUGAGACUCAAGGUUUUGUUAUAUACUGUUUUGUCUUGGAUUUGAAGUCUUCUGUUGUAAAGAUUGUACAUAAAAUGAAUAAAGAACUCUAGCUUGCCAGGUUCAACACCCAUCCCCCUGGAUAGCAAAAGGCGUCAACCAAAAUUAUCAUUCCUGGGGGCAAAGCAUCUGCUUCAGGCAAUGGAGUUUUAGACUCUUUGGAAGCCCACUGUGAACUGCUCAUAAAGCACUUUGAGGGUAAAACUGCUCACCCAUGUAGCAAUCUUGAUGCCACAUCCAUAUUUACUGCAGUCUCCAGUGAGGUAUCCACUACAGCAGCUGCUACAACUUACUAGGAUUUGUUUCAGUGGAUGUGGAUGAGGUCCUUGUGAUGAUGUAGCCAGCAACAUGCCUUCCCGUCCUCCUUACCUUAUUAAAGUUUGCCAAUGAGAUAUGACCAAGUGGAUCCAGGGUGCAGCCAAUGCAUCCUUGUGGGAGGGAGUGAUCUGAUGGGCUGCAAAUUCCCCCUUUUUUCAGAAAAGUUGCAGCGCAACAAUUGCAAGUAGUCUUGGAUAAAAGAAAUAGUCUCAAACUCAUUUCAGUCUGGAUUCAGGCCUGGUUAUGGGAUUGAUUCAGCCUUGGUCACCCUAAUGGAUGAUCUUUAUCAGGAGAAAGAUGGGAAAUGUGGCCCUGUUACUCUUUCUUGAUCACUCAGUGACUUUUGAAAUCAUUGACCAUGGAAUCCUUCUGAACUGAGUGCUAGGAACCUUCAGGGUGGAUGUAGGAAUCAGACUUUUAGUGUUGUGGCUCCUCCCCAUUGAAUAUUAGACAGGUUGUCUUUUUGGCACCUACUGAAGAUCUUCCUCUUUCAACAAGCCAUUUAAGUUAAUCUUUUCCAGGCUGUAUCUGUAUUAGAAUUCUUUUAAGGAGUUUUAAAGAUUUUUUGUUUGUUCUAUUACUUAUUGUUUGUGCUCAGGAUAGGCAGAUAUAAAUUUAAUAAAUGGAAUUCAACGUCAUACUAAUAUGAUUGUUCUGUCAGCGCACUCAUUUAUGCUUGCUAGGUGGAACUAUUCCCCCCCCCCCGUGUGCUCUGGGGUGGGGGAGAGUGUUGCGCAGAUUGAUUUAUUGCUCAGAUAAGCCUGAGGUCCGGCACACUUCCCACUGCGCAGUUCUCCUCACAGAAAGUACUACUGAUCCUCCAAAGCCAAUUUGGGGGUGGGCUAGUGGAACUCCCUGUGCUGGCUUCCACUAGCACAAGUGUUAGCUGAAUCUGGCUCCGUUAUAACAAUAAUAAUGAAUUGCACUUACCAGUUGCUUUUGUAUAUACAAAAAGUAACCCAAUGCAGCUUGCCAAAUGUGAAAUCUUCCAGUUGCCCAUAUAGCUUUACUGAAGUCCUGUAUUUACAGUAUGUGCUGUGUAAAAUUAAUUUGUUCUGUCUUUCAUUUAGACGAAAUGACUGCAGCUAAGAAAGCAGAUGAAUGUCUACAGCCAUCUUGUGAAUGGUAUCAAUUUUAAUUGUUUCGUUUGGAGCUUAUGUCGUUCCCAGUCCCAAUGCCUUGAGUGGGUAGCAGGGUUUUUUCUUUUCUCUACUUCCCUAUCCCAGACCGCCAAAGGCAGUUUCAUGCCAUUCUUUAAAGAAGUACAGGCAUGGACUUUGGCAAGCCUUAAAAGAAAGGGAACUCCAAAGUUUGGUGGGGACAGUCUCUGUGAGUCCUUGUGGGUCCUUGAAGUACAUAGUGUAUUUCAAUAAAACAUUACCAAGGUUAGGCUGCUCUGGACUUUCUAGGCUAUUGCUACAAGCACCUGAAGAUGGGCCAUAGUGUUGGCACCAUCUAAAGCUGCAGAGCUGCUGAGAGCACCCCUAUAUCAAGCAGCCUUGAAAAUAUGAAGGCCUGAGUGCUGAUAGCUGGUUCUCUGGAGGCAUGCAGAAGGACUCUAGAAAGCAGUGGGUUAAUGUCCCCCCCCCCAAGAGAUAGGAACAGGUGAGUUGAAACUUGAGUCCUGGGCAGGUCCAAAGUACUGCCCCUCUAGCUCUUUUCCUGACCUUGUCUAGAAAGUGUUCAAAACUCCCAUUGUUCUAGGCACAUUUUGCAACACAGAAUUUCAUUAGCGCAAGUAGUUUCUGAGCUCUGGGCACAGUACUGUGCCUAAGAUUUCAGCUUAACACUGCAGAGUGGAAGGAAAGGAGGACCUUUUCCUGCCUCCCCACUUCCAGAUACACUCUGAAGACUGGAUAAGGGACCCUCUUAAGAAUAUUACGGGGGUAGUAUUUUUAAGUGGAAAACUGCCUUGGGUCUUGGCAGGAAACAUUUGCAAUAAAAACAUGGAACCGUUUUCUGGAGUCCUCCUGCACGCUCUAGGAAAGAGCACCCACUGUGUGUGAACCAAUUGCCCAGCCUGUAUAUAUGAGAAAAGUUAGGGAUCUGUAUGGUCUGUUACAGUUUUUUGUGGGACAAGGGUACGUAUGAAAAACCAGCUUCAGCCAUAUUUCCAUUGCAGAGCAUUGCCGUGAGGGGAGGCUCUUAAUGGAGCUCCAUCACCCCACCCCCACCAAUAUACUUAUUCAAGCUCUUCUGUCUGAUUUGCUUUUUUCCCUCUUGUAAUGUUGAUAUUCUUUUCCACAUGGGGGUUGAGUCCAACCACAGCAGUUAACCAGAUGCUCCCGAGAAGCUCACAAGAAGGGCCCAAUGGAGAAAGCCAUCCUCAGCUUUCCCAGGCAUCUGCUAAUCGGAGGUAGGCUGCUUCUGAAGAGGAUGUGCCUUUAUUGGCUGUCACUUUUGGCAUUAUCAAACCUUUUUACUAUAUGUUGUGGAAUCGAGCAGUAGCAUUACAUGGCUUGUUAACUGAAUUACUCCCAGGAUAUUGGAAAUUCCUAUGUAGGAAUUUGUAUUUAAAAAUCAAAUCCAUUUUAACCACUGUUUUUUCAUUUUUUUAGCUUCUAUCCAUCAAUAAAAUGGUUUGAAAAGCAGGAUGUUGUUGUUCUGAAGAUAAAAUUACAAAAUAUUACCAGCUACGACUGCAAGUUUUUCUCCCAGAGGAUCAUUUUCAGGUAGAUAGGAAAUAUUUUACCAAAAAGGAUUUAAAAAAUGAUUUGUUUCUGUUUUCAAACUAAUAUUUUAAAAUACUGUCAGUGCUUCUGUAGAAGACAGAUUUUAUUUGGCUGAUAUGGAGCUGCAGAAAAAUAUCAUCAAAGAAAAAUCAGCUUGUGACCUUAAGAAUGGCGAACCUGUCAUUACCCUUGCAAAAGAGAAGGCUGAACCUUGGUGCAGCUUGCUGAAGGACAAAGUAGGUUGGACAUUCAAAAGUGGCUUAUGGAUCUUAAAAUAUUGGCAUGGUAGACUGAUGUAUUCUGAAAUGUUCCUUCCAACAGAAUCCCCACGUCUCCUUUGAUUUUGAUUACUUGGAUUACUCUGAAGAAAGAAGUCCCUUUUCUGCUGGUAAGCCACUAAUUGCAUUUUGUGUAUACAUGCCUCUUCAGUCAUAGAGUGGGCCACUCUUUUCAUUUGUUUCAGAGAUAGGACUGCAAAUUACUUCUUGCUUGGGUCCCCUUCAGUGAGAGGAGUCUCUCUCUCUCUCUCUCUCUCUCUCUCUCUCUCUCUCUCUCACACACACACACACACACACACACACUGCUUCAAAGCAGCAGGAUUUUCACAGAACUUGGAUCCUUCUCUUUCUUUGUCAUGAUAGCAACUAGUUUAAACAUUUCUGUCCCUGAUACUGAUGAGGGAAGUGCCUGCUACAGAUCUGUUGCAUACUCUGUGGAGGGGAGAAUCAGAGCUGGCUGCAAGGAGGAGCCUUCCUGGGCUAGCAUCGUAGGCAGUCAGCAUCCUCCUUUUAGCUGGAGUGAUAUAAACCAAUGUCUGAUGACUCUUGUUCUGGUAGACAGGAAAUGUGGAAAGAGCCUGUGGUUCACAGGGAUGUCUGGAGGGCGGAUGUGUCUCUGUGCACUCUCUAGGGCAGGAGCUCACUGGGGUGCUGACACUGGGUUGCACUAAAUGCAUAGUGAACAGCUACCAUGUCUGGUUUAUUGGUUUGUUUAUUUGUUGUUUUUUAAGAAACAAAGUGUUUGCUCUUUUUUCAAUCCUUUUCAUAAGCUACUAGAAUGAAAGCGUUAGAGAUAAUAUCUCUUAUACCCAUUCUCAAUUAUUUGACUUCUGAUCUGCAUUUUACGCACACACACACACACACACACAUCACCAUCUCCUGUAAGGCUUUUCCUUUUUAAAAAACACCCAUUGGUGUUAAAGAGUCAUAGCCUUGUGGGGGAGGGAGACCAUUUUUUGUCAGGAUUUCAUCUGGGGAGGAAAAGGUGAACCCUCCCCCUCCCCCACACCCUACAUUCACACCCUAAAACCAGCCACCAGUUGGCAGCCAGUAUUGCUUGUCCUAUAGCACCCAGGGCCAUUAAGAACCAAGCAAGACCCUCUCUUCAAAGGGGCAUGUUAAACUGUACUAGAAUGCUGGAAAUUAACUUUUCUAGAUCUAUGUAUAAUGUGCUUUUUUCUUAAGCAGGCACAGGUCCCAAGAAAGUGCACCUGGUUUAUACAGAGGAGGAAGAGGAGGAGGACUCCUCGGAUGACAGUGACACCGAGAGUGAUUUGUCCACCUGUUAAUUCUGGUUUGGAAAUGGGGAUUAAGAACUCGGCUGUCACAUGAGAACCCGCAGCUUGGGUGGCAUUUCCAUAAUGAAAGCAUUUUAGCUUUUUGAACAUCAGGAAAAGUUCUAAAUUUUGACCAUGAUUUUGAAGAGGGUUGUCAUGGUGGGAGGGUGGGAUGUUUGCUCUUCGACUUAACUGCCAUAGACUGAUCACAUGUACAAUUGAUUUCAGUGAGUUUUAAUUCAUGGUACAUUUGCUCUGAGUAGAAGAGUUGUGGUGAUUUUUGCUAAGUACCUAACCAUGAAACCAAUGGAGGGAGGUGAAAAUCUCUCUCUCUCUCUCUCUCUCUCUCUCUCUCUCUCUCUCUGGCUAUUCUCGGAGCCUGUUUCAAAAAAAAGCACAGCUUCUGGCCUUUUCCUCACAAAACAAAUUAUUUAGAUAUUUAGACAAAAGGAGUUAAGAGUAGAAACAGUCUGUUGUACUGCUAGAGACAGGUGUUCAAUCUAGCAUAAUAUUUAGUUCUGAUCCUAAUUUCUUUAAGAAAAUGUAGCCAUCAAAACCAGUUUAAUACUGGUGAUGUACUAAAUGUACCCUUUGUUAGCUGUACCUUAAGGUGUAAAACUAUAAGAUGCUGACUGAUCUGUGCAGAAAAUAUUUUUGUUUUCAGAAUAUGAGAACUAAUUUGAAAGGUUAAAGUACUUGAUUAGAAAACUAUUUCUAGUUCUUUGAUCAUUUGAUCGGUUUGUUUUGUGUGGAAUUGUUUGGACCAACACAGCUGAUGCUAAUUUUUCCUGAUCUAAUAUGUGAUCUAAUAUGGUAGAUAAUAAAAGUUAAAUUAUAUUAUAGCACUCCCUUGAACAUCAGUAUUCAAAAUGGUUAGUUACUAGACACUUUGUUCAAUUGCUCUGUUUCUGUACGUUAUUAUGUUGGCACAAAGAGCUGUGGGUAUGUGUAGGAAGAAUUAGAGAUGGCCUUAGAAUCAAAGGGUAUAUCUGGAUCCAGGAGCUGUGAGGGGCAGGUAGAGCCACUUAAUCAGAAGAACUAAAAAUUAUCAUAAAGUACUGCUACAAUAAAUACAGCUUUCCCUACCUGUUCACAUAGCAGUAUAACAACAAAAAGUAAAGUGAAGGAAUCCCAAAUGACUGUCUGAUGUCAGAUGCACAGGCAUAAUUAUAUAUGAUAGUCUGUUUGAUGUACUUAUUAUUAAAUUUAUAUGCUGCCCUUCAUCUGAAGAUCACAAGGCAGUAUGCUUAACAAAAUAAUUGCUCUGUUGACAGUAUUGGAUAAAUGGUAGCUUUUAAGAUGCUAUAGUCUAUAUCCUCCAACGAGGAGCAGCAUUCUGUCACUGAAUUGAUAGUCUCUCUGGAAGCUGCAGGUAUUAGUUGCAAUGGUUCUAACAUGCCCUCUGGUGCCUGCGUCCUAAUUUCUAAAUGCCCCUACUUUUUCCAGUUAAAUAUUCCCACUCCACAUUGUCAAAUGUGUAACAGUACAGUGCAACAACAGUUUACUCUAUAACAUGAAUAUGGCAGCAAUUGUUGAGCUUUCAGUGUUUCACAUGAUUGACGCAAAUGACAUUAUAACAGUUGGACAUCUCUGUAUAUCAUAUAUGCAAUUAGAUCAGAAGUAUUUGGCUUAAAGUUGGAUGUUGUGAUAAACCCUUCUUAAGGCCAUAAUCCUAUGCAUGUAGUAGAAAAAAGUUCCAUUGAGUUCAAUGGGGCAUACUCCCAGGUAAGCAGAUAGAGGAUUGCAGCCUUAUUCGGGAGCUGAACUCAAGUAGGACCUGCUUCCAGCUAAAUGUGCAUAGGGCUGCACUGCCAGUGUUUUUCCAAGAGUUUGGCCUUUGCAACCUUCAAGACUGAUUUUCAUUUAUACAAACUGUGUCAAAGAAAUUGCAGGGAAGGGCUGUUUAACCCCUUUGUCUCUGGCAUUUUUUUGCAACAAAUAUGUAUCUUCUGUAGGUAAAAGCAGGAUGUCAGGAAAGAAAUUUGAAUGGGAGGGGGAAACAAGCUCCUCCUGUUUAUGUUUCCCUGCCAGUCCACCUAUCCAAUGUGGAACCUUCCUGCUGCUUUUAUUUUGAAAAUUAAGAAACUAGUGGUUUCAUCUGCCAUGUAAAAUUUUGUUUGACUUUUAGCAUAGCACCAGGGGCAACACAGCCCUGCAGUUUCUCAGAACCCUCAUACAGUGAGUUCUAAUGGAAAGAAUAAUAUAGUGAUUGGUGAUGGUUUAAGUACUAGGCAUUUCAUAUGAAUAGUUAUGGGAAAAGUUAUUUAUGCCUGUUAGAAAAGCAAUAAAGAACACUCUUAAAACCAGCCUUUAUGUCUCUGGAGUUUUUAGACAAUAUUUAUUAAUUAAAUAGAAAAUAUAAUAAAAAUAUACCAAAGGCAUUUGCAACAAGUCACAAAAUAGUAAUGCUGGAACUUUGACUUUUCAGAGUGCACAAGGAAUCUAGAGAAGGCCAGAGGAAGGUAGGGAAAGAACGUCUAGUGUUCCAUUUACCAGCAGUUCAUCCCAUGUUUGCAGCAGUAUAAAAUGCUACAUCUUUGGUUUUCCUGCAAAUCUUUCACAAAAGUAAUUUUGAAAAGCAGCAAGAUCCAAGAUCACCACCUGCUCAGUAUAUGAGUCCUGACUUUGACCCCUUUGAGAUUAUUUCCACUUACUUGCCUGCUGUCUCAGGAAUGAGACAACAGCUGAGCACAGCAUGGAAAACCUAGCUUGCACAUCCCAAACCAUCAUAUUGUGGAAUCCUGACCCCAAACCAAUGGUAAGAGGAAUGGUGGUAGCCAGAUCAGCCUAACUUUGAAGCAACAACCUCUGUCAGGGAAGGCUCAAGGCAGCAUCCUGCUUUCUGCCGGCUUGGUAGCUCAGCUCACAAGCAGGCAGAAUGCAGCAAAGGGGGCUUUAAAGGCAUGAAAAAGUGCUUCUUCCUCUUGAGCAAGCAGGAGAGACCCAGCUCAAGCAAGCAAGCAGGAGGAGCAGGGCUGUUUGCAGAGCUGACAGAGAGGGAGGAUUCUUUUCCUGCGUCAGCUGUUAGGCGGGAGAGUUGCAGCAAAGCCCCACUGCACUUCGGGCUCCCGAGGAGGGAGUUGUACCAGAUGACUGCUUCGGGCUCUGGGGAGGGUCUCCUCACAAGCCAGGGUGUAGCGGGGUUUUGCUGAGGCUGCCACUGAGCCUGCAUGCGCCCACCAUGUUCCAUCACCGGAAGUCCCCAGGCAUAUGAUUAAUCCGGGGACAUUACAUUAAAUCCGGGGACAUUACAGGGGUGGAUUCUGCCCGGGGACAGAUUGGUGGAGCCGGGGACGUCUGGUAACCAUAGUUUGGAUCACAUGUCUUUCUCCCUCUCAUAUAUUUUCCUGUCAUUUCAUUUGGGUUUCUGCUCUUUAUAAAUCUGUAAGACAUUUAAUAUGUGAGAUUUCAUCUUUGCGCUUCCAUGUUUGUUUGCUGGUAGAUGGCACUGUAAUACUGUAUGUUCUGUCCUUUCAGCUUGCUGAGAAAAUAAUGUGGAAAUUCCAUACCUGAAAUCAAGUCCAUUGCCUACAAAUACUCAGGUCUUUCCCCCCAUUCAGAUAUUUUCUUAAGAUGUUACAAAUCCCUGAAUUCAAUGUGUUACAAAAAUGAAUGCAUUUUACAGGGGAAAAGAACAGAACAGUGUCUUUUUCAGGACACUUACUGUCUCACAAAUGUCUCUUAUCCUCAGAAUUGAGACUUAUAGUUGUGGACAUGAUGUAUCAUACCUGCUGAACCAUUUCCAGGAUCUAGCCUUUUUAAUGAUGGAAAAAUUCAAUGUUAUUCAGGAACGUCUUCUGGUGGAACUACUUCCAGAAGCAUCUGAAGGUGCAUAGUGAUGGGCUCUGAAACGCAGAAGUUGUUGAGGUCAGAAGCCUUCAGAAAUGGCAAUUGCACUGUUAGUACCAUUUCUUUUCCUAGAUCAUUUCCCCUUUUGCACUUAACCACUUAGAAGCCUCCGUGUUGAUUGCACAAGCCAGAUUAUGGGCUUUACUUUUCCUAUAGCCAAAUUAACAUGGGUCUUGAGAAUAUUCCAGAAAGUGAGGGCAUCUCGGAUCACAUUUCAAACGGUUUCCAGGACAUAAUGAGCUGUAACCUUUGCUAAGUGUCAGAGUCCACUCAAAAGACCAGUUGCCACAAUCAAAAGGAUCUAUUUCCUGUGUAUGUCAAACUACCAUCAAGUUUCAAUCUUUAAAGAAGAGAUGGCUAGUAGUUAGGAAGAAGCAGGCACAGGAAUGUCUAAAACUCUUUAAAAUAUAGGGAGGCUUAAAAAUUGUCUACCCUGAAGGAAAGUGGGACAUUCCAACUGGAAUGUUUUUGUAACUGGAAACACUAGCACCCAUGUGCCUGCAAAGGGCAAGGGGCAAGUGCGCAGAAGCAUGCAUUGAGUAUGUAAUCUCUAGCAACUCGAGUGAUCUGAGGAGACCACAUACCCCAUUCCGGCUCUAUGAGCCUCCUCUAUUCCCAUAAUUUCCUCUUUAUUGUAUCUCAUGCACCCCACUGUUCCACUUUAAGAAGCUCUUUCCCUUUGAAUCAGAGUUAAAGAGCCACACCCAGAUUAUUUCAUCACAAACACCUCUUCCCCUGGGAUGGAAAUCAACCAUAUACUCACUUGAGAUUUUUUGAGCCCAGCUGAAUUUGAAGUGGAUGAAAAGUACAUAAAAGACAAGUCCACUGAUAAUAAACAGAACGCAAUACAGAUAUGGCAGCUCGGGUGCAGUGAUGAUGGGUGCCAGGACCAGCACAAUGGAAACAAACAGCACAAGGAUGGGGAUGAUAAGAGGGACCUGCAAGACAGAGCGGAGGGGUUGGGAAUGUAAUUGUGUGUGUUGAGGAAUCCCAGAUUGGAACGACCUAGGAAGGCCAAGUAAUAUUCUGGCUCAAGAGUCUAAUGCACUCCAUUUUAACAACUUGGUGUUGCAUCUCUAAAAAGACCAUUCCACAAUUGGGGAACAACCACUGAAAAGGCGUGUUCUCAUGUUGCUGUUUAUUGAAGGGGGCACACAAAAAGGCCCUCAGAUGAUUAGGUAUUAAGUAUUGAAGUAUUAAGGGACGCGGGUGGCGCUGUGGGUAAAACCUCAGUGCCUAGGACUUGCUGAUCGUAAGGACGGCAGUUCGAAUCCUCGCAGCGGGGUGAGCUCCCGUCGUUCGGUCCCAGCUCCUGCCCACCUAGCAGUUCGAAAGCACCCCUAAGUGCAAGUAGAUAAAUAGGUACCGCUUUAUAGUGGGAAGUUAAAUGGCGUUUCCGUGUGCGGCACUGGUGCUGGCUUGCCAGUGCAGCUUCGUCACGCUGGCCACGUGACCCGAAAGUGUCUUCGGACGACGCCGGCUCCCGGCCUCUUGAGCGAGAUGAGCGCGCAACCCUAGAGUCGGUCACGACUGGCCCGUACGGGCAGGGGUACCUUUCUUGAAGUAUUGAUGUCAUGGGUAGUGUAAGACUUUAUAUGUCAAGAGCAGCACUUUGAAUUGGGCCAGGGAGCUAACACAUCCUAUGCACUUGAACCAGGAUCAGCGUUCUAGGAUCAGACCGCCUACUCCCAGUCAAUUCUGGCCCCUGAAUUCUGCACUAAGUGCAGUUUCUGAAUGCUCUUCAAAACGGCACUACAUAGAGUGCAUUGCAAUAAUCUAACCUAGAGGCAGCUCUCAUGUUAACCUAAUUUCUCCCCCAACUCCAGCAGUAACAAAAGGAGGAACUGCCAAACCAUCCUGAACACUGAUGAGAAUAUCUUGUGGUGGGCUACUUACACGGAUAGGCCUUUCAAGAUCUUUUCUUGUAAAGCGCAUGACAAUGAGUCCCAGCACAGUUAGACCAUAGAAUAUCCAAACCGUAAAGCUAAAGUAAUUGAUGAGGGUGUUGAUGUCUCCGGGAAUUAUGUAAAGCAUAGCUAUUGCACCCUGAAAGGAGAAGAUAUGCAUUAUGGAGAAGGCAUUUUUUUUAAAAAAAACCCUGCAGAUUUCAGUGUUGGGUUUAAAGGUAAAGGUACCCCUGCCAGUACGGGCCAGUCUUGACAGACUCUGGGGUUGUGCGCUCAUCUCACUCUAUAGGCCGGGAGCCAGCGCUGUCCGCAGACACUUCCGGGUCACGUGGCCAGCGUGACAAGCUGCAUCUGGUGAGCCAGCGCAGCACACGGAACGCCGUUUACCUUCCUGCUAGUAAGCGGUCCCUAUUUAUCUACUUGCACCCGAGGGUGCUUUCGAACUGCUAGGUUGGCAGGCGCUGGGACCGAGCGACGGGAGCGCACCCCGCCGCGGGGAUUCAAACCGCCGACCUUUCAAUCGGCAAGUCCUAGGCGCUGAGGCUUUAACCCACAGCGCCACCCGCGUCCCGUGUUGGGUUUAGAGGCCUUUUAAUAGAAUGGCCAAUACUAAUUGUGGCUAUGAUAACACUGUUGGAAAACUACCGUAAUUCAGACAUGCUUGCUUAGUCUCUCCAGUGACUUUAAAUUUGCAGCCCUACUGCAUGGUUGCUUCAUUAUAAUACAAGGCCUCCAUUUUCAUAAAGACCCUUUUGCAUACAGAUGGGAAAGCCAUGUGCAAUCACACGGAAUUUGACCUCAUGGGAGUUGUGAUGGCUGCCAACGUGGACCGGUUGGAUAUUAGACAAAUAAAUGGAGGAUAAAAGCAGCAUUGACUACUAGUCGUGACGGCUAAGCCCUGCUUCCAAUAACAGAGAACAAUGCUGGACUAGACAGGCCUUUGGUCUGAUCCAGCAGGGGUCUUAUGAUGUUUUUCUGACACUUCAGAAAUCAUACUUACAUAAAAGAUAAUAGCAGGCACUGGAGUUAAGCGCUUGAUGUUGAUGUAAGAGAGCACCUUUAACACAUGUCCUUCACGACCAGCUACGUAAGGAAGCCUGAGAAGGUAAAUCACUCUCAUUAGAGAAGCCAUUGUGAUGGGCUGACUGAGAGCAAAGGAUGACAAGACAUCUGCGCUUUUCAUAUUUUUGGUGAUGCAUUCAGAGAGCAUUGCAGAAUCUGUGUUUACCAUGUUAUGAAGUAAUACGGGCCUAUGGAGAGUGUCUGAGGAACUAGUUGCAACGGUUGUGGUUUGAGAAAAAACAAGAUUCUGAUUAAGUCCAGUGUUAAAAGCAUAAGAAUCUGGGAAAUGGAAUGAGAUCAGCACAACUGCCACAUGCACUGUGAAUAACAAGAUAUGGGAUUUUCCCCAUCUGACAUAUAUAGUACAUCACUACUGUGCUUCCAAUAAAUGUGAGUGAAUGUGCAGGUGUGAUGUUAAAUUUAAGCUGCUUUCCCCCUCUAUACCACCUUUCCUUGCACCACCUUCCAGCAACUCAGCAAAGUUUAGUAGCUUGGAAAUGUCAAUGUGCCCCUGUCUCCCAAGUGCCGCAGGUUACUUUUAAUGAGAGGAUGGUGCAGACAUGGGACCCGUUCAGAAUGACUAUGAAGUACUCCUUCACACAAUGUAUCACUAACAUAUUGAAUUAUUUAUUCACAUAAUGCUGGGGCAGCUUCCACCACGAGUUCCUUAAAAAUGAUUGGAUUAAUUCAGAGGAAAACUAAUUCAGAGGCACAUGUACUUCUAAUUAGCAGAUGAUUGGGGCAGCUGUCUGCAAUAUGACCUGCUUUUAAGUGUCACCUGGGCAUCUGCCUGUUGACAAUCAUGAUGCUCUUAACUCCAGGUACAUAUAAAUGCAGAAGUCUUGCAAUCUGGAUUCGGGGCUGGGGGCACAUAAGUCAACUUUAACUUGCAGCGCACUGGAAUUCCACAUCAGAAAGUUUUGUUUUACCUGCUAGCAGUAAAGCAAGUCCCAUUGGCUGACCCGAUGGCAGAAAAAGCCACAAAGAGAGGGACUAUCCAGGAAGCAGGAUAAAGAACCCUAUCUCCAUAUGUCUGUGAUGGAAGGAAUUGAAAUAAUGCACAUCUUUAAAACCUAGAGGUCAACCAACUGGGCACAUGAAGAUACAGCAGUAAUGAAAAAGAUACUUAAUAAAAAGCUUGCACAACUUUUUAGAGAAGCAAGUUUUCCCUUGUGUAACUUAAACCACUUCCGAUCUUGUUCUGCCUCUGGUACAGAGGUGAAAAACAACACAUUUUCCCACUUGGACUCACCACAGCAACAGCUGGAGACUGCAGAAGUUCUGUUGUUGUCAUAACCGUGAAAUAGGAUAUAUUGAUCAGAACAUAACAAACUGUGACCAGAGGGAUUCCAAUACCAAUACAGAGUGGUAGAUUUCUAGAUAAUGUAAAGAGAUAUGCUAUCAGUUAAAGAAUGAUAUUUGCAUUGAGAACUUAAGAACAUAAGAUGAGUGGACACGCAAGCAGAACCAGAGGAGGAGCUUCCUUCCCAAUGCAGAUAGCGGCUUGGGUGGGAGGGUCAGCAGGACAAAGGAGGGGGGAGGGUUAACGGGGGGAGACCAGCCCCCACCCCGUCCCCAUGGAUGCUGCUCAUUAACGUUAUAAAAUACAUGUAUAUAAGGCUGAUCGCCGAAGAAUUGAUGCUUUUGAAUUAUGGUGCUGGAGGAGACUCUUGACUGCAAGAAGAUCAAACCUAUCCAUUCUUAAGGAAAUCAGCCCUGAGUGCUCACUGGAAGGACAGAUCGUGAAGCUGAGGCUCCAAUACUUUGGCCACCUCAUGAGAAGAGAAGACUCCCUGGAAAGGACCCUGAUGUUGGGAAAGAUUUAGGGCACAAGGAGAAGGGGACAACAGAGGACAAGAUGGUUGGAUAGUGUUCUCGAGGCUACCAGCAUGAAUUUGACCAAACUGCGGGAGGCAGUGGAAGACAGAAGUGCCUGGCGUGCUCUGGUCCAUGGGGUCACAAAGAGUCGGACACGACUAAACGACUAAACAACAACAACAACAUAUUAAUUGCAUCUGUACAUUGAACACUACAUCUAGUUUGGCUCUAAACAGCUGUGUAUUUAGACUUUAAAAUUUCGCUCUGUUGUUGUUGGAUGCAGGGCCGGCUCUACCACUAGGUAGAGUGAGGCAACUGCCUUGGGUGGCAGAUGCUAGUGGCUAGAGGCAGUUCCUCCUGUGCUCCCAGGCAUUUCCCUCCUGGUGGAGGAUAGAGCUGGGUGUGCCACACAGCCUAAACUAGUUUUCUGCCCUUGGGUGGUUCUGAAGGGCACUGUCAGACUAAAACAGCCAGUCCAGUUAGCUUCUGCAGGUGGCAACCAUCUUGUCCUUUACCUCAGGCAACAAAAUGACUUGGAAUAGAUAUAUUUCCUCCUAACUGUAUAGAUGCAGUUCACUAACGUGGGCCUGGUUUCAGAAAACAGCUUACUGGAUUUUGUUGUUGCUUUGUGAAACUUUUUGCACACUGCCUUAGGGCUGUACACUGAAUGGCAGGUUGGAAAUCCUUGUUUCAAUGGGACUGUGAGGGAGGAGGAAAAAGAAAUGGUGUUCUAUCAGCUGAUGCAGCAUUUUUCUUACCUAUUAGGAUUUUUAAGUUCCUCUGUGAUAUAAUUAAGUUGAUUCCUGGAAGGGAUGGGGGGGGAGAGAGAAGUACCAAAAUGUUACUUUGCAUCCUGCACAUUCUUGGGAGAAAACCCUUUUGAACCCAGUGGAAUUUAAUUUCCAAAUAAAAGGGUUAUGGGAUGUAAGUCUGGAUGUUAAUAGAUAUUUUUUCUGAAAUUAUAAUUACCUUUCAACCACAAACAACAGCAAAAUCUUUAUGAGAGAUUUCACAGAGCCAAGUAGAAAAUGUCCUAUUUUGAUUUGUGUUCUGCAUUUUGCACAGAAGCAAGUGCCCAAUAUGGCUUUCAACAGUAAUAGCAAGUACCAAUAAACAAUCAGGAAUAUAUGCACCUGUUCUGUGCAAAAAUAAUCCCUUGCACAUCUAAGCAUACGUUAGAUCAGCCUUUGGUAGCCUGAUGCCCUGCAUAUGGCUAUCCUGGACAAAAGGAAAAGCUUCUCAGUUACGUUUCUCUGUGACAUGCUAUUUUCUAUGUGUAGGGGUCUAUUUUGAGGAUUGAGUAUGAAGGAGCUGCCAUCUGAAAUACUACAGCCCAGACACAGCCUUACCACUUAAGGAAAAAAAAUAUUCCCUUAACAAAUAUGAGUCCUUCCUCCUUUUGUAAUACCUGGCAUCCAUUCACCUCCCAUAUGAGAAGCAACCAUCAAUUAAGACAACACCCAUCCACACCCCAACCUAUGGAAACAUCUGGAGAGACCUAUUGGAUCAGAGAUUUUAUUAUGCAUAUGAACUGGCUCUAAGUCAGGCAUCCCCAAUCUCGGCCCUCCAGAUGUUUGGGGACUACAACUCCCAUCAUCCCUGACCACUGGUCCUGUUAGCUAGGGAUGAUGGGAGUUGUAGUCCCAAAACAUCUGGAGGGUCAAGGUUGGGGAUGCCUGCCUAAAUAAUAGUUCUAACCUUAAGAUGCUGUUAACUCUUUUUUCUAAUGACCUAAGACUAGCUGAUAUUGUUGGUGCCUUCAAAAGCCAUCUCAGCUAUUGGCCAUCACUGCAUCAUGUGAUAGCAAGUUCCACAAGUUAAUGGUCUGCUUAGCUCUCCCCCACAAAAGUGGGUGGGCUGUCUCCUUUCAUGCCUACCAGGAAGUCACCAUAAGUUUAGAAUAAGUAUUCCCCACCCUACACUAUUUCCAGGUGUGAUUCUUCAGCAAGACUUCAGGUGCCACAGUUUUCAUGCAGUAUCUUUCUUAAAGUGCAGUAAAGACACAUCAAAAUAAGGCAUGAACUGCUACACUCUAACUGUUAAUGAGUCAUAAAAUUAUAUUACCAUCCACUAUAGGCCCAGAGUCCAUUAUAAAAUGCAAGACUAAUGGUACCCACAGAAAGUGGGGGACCUUCAAACGAAUUGUUGAAGUUCUUUGUAUUUCCUGGGGAAGGGAAAGUGAAACAUGUCAUUUCUUGCAGCUGAGGAACUUGGCUCAGAGUCCGUGAAAACUCCCACCCACCCUGAUAAAUCUGUUGCCUAAGAUGCCACUGGACCCUUUGUGGUUUUGGUAUCAUAUCUUCCAGAUUCAUUCCUCAAAGGAAAAUAAGAUGUACAUUGAUCGCUCACCACCCAACUGACCCUCCUUGACCCCUUCCCCAUUUUUGUGGUCCACCACCACUUCACCACGGGCACGUGCCCAUAGAUUAUAUUAUGCCAGAUCUUAAAACAUAUUGAAACGGAAUAUAACCUUUUAGAAACUUGAGACUUAUCUUUAAUGUAUGUCAUAAACGGCUUUUAAUUUAUUUAAAAGGAAGGAAAUAUUAAAAAUAUCAACAAACAGGUUCCCACCCACCCCCCAAACAGAAAGCAAAAACAAAACAAAGCAGUUGUAUCAAUCCCAGUCAACUGCUGCAGAUACAUUAUAGAUGAUGAUAGAUAGAUAGAUGAUAGAUAGAUAGAUAGAUAGAUAGAUAGAUAGAUAGAUAGAUAGAUACUGCAACUAAAACUUCAACAUAACAUACCUUGGGCUAGAAGAACAAUCCCACUUACAAUGAUAAUUAUGACAAUCACCAUUUUAGCCACAGCAAAAAAGUUCUGUAUGUAGCUCGCCCACUUCACACUCAGGGCAUUCACCAGAGUAAUUGUAACUAAGAGAAAGGAAAGGGUGGAAGGUUCACGAGAAAUUGCACCUCAACAAAUAAGCUUCUGUACCCCUGGAAUCCGUCCUUUGCCUUCCCAAUUCAUUUUCUUGCCACUCAGAGUAGCCAAUAAUGGGCUAGAUGGAUAAAUAAUCUGACCAGCUGUGUGGUAGCUUCAUAUGUUCCUCUGCAUUCAAAGUGUUCAAACCAUUUCACUCAUCAUCAUGUGCACUCUUUACAGGAAAGGUAAAGGUAAAGGAACCCUGGACGGUUAAGUCCAGUCAAAGUCAACUAUGGGGUGCAGCACUCAUCUCACAGCUUUUUCAGGUCAUGUGGCCAGCCUGACUAAAUGCUUUUGGUGCAACAGGACACAGUAAUGAGUGCCAGAGCGCACAGAAACGCCAUUUAUCUUCCUGCUGCAGUGGUAUCUAUUUAUCUACUUGCCCUGGCGUGCUGGUAUGCUUUCAAACUGCUAAGUUGGCAGGAGCCAUAUAGAAGAUGGGUUAGUGGUACUAUUCCCAAGUUCCCAAAAAGGGAGAGGGGAAUUUGACCAAGGCUGCACAUGGGGUCAUGGCAGAGAUGAAAUUUGAAUUAGAGACCUCUGGUUCCUAGCUUCGCUUCUGUUAUGCAACAGCUGCCUCCAGCUUGUGCCAAAUUAACCCACAAAUUUGCACCGGUGUAAAAGGAAGCCUAUUAUUUGCCGUUAUCUCUGUAUGCAUUUGGUUUUAGGUCACUAAUUCACCCUUCCAGCUACCUUUGUCUUCCUGAUCAAAAGCCAAAUACUCACAGAGGACUGCUGCUGCCAGACACUUGAUGACAAUCGUAGGGGGGUCACAACCCGGAUAAAACGGAGCCGCUGUGUACUCAGCAAAGCUGAGGCAAAUAAUGGCAAAGGAACUGGGCAUGGUGACAAUGAGACUUGUCCAGGAAAACAAAUAUGCAGGGAUUGGGCCAAAGGCUUCCAUGAGGUAAGAAUAGUCUCCUCCUGAUUUUGUUAUCAUUGUGCCAAGUUCAGCAAAACAAAAUGCCCCUGAAGAAAGAAGUGGGAGUUUUUAAAAUAACCUUCCGCUACCACCACCACUGCCACAAUCACCCAUCUCCAUUUCAAUAUGGCUUCUGGAGGACUCUAUAUGCACCUGGUCCUUCUAGCCUGUUUCAAGUCACCAGGGAUUUUGUUCCUAUUAAGUGCAUAAUUUUGUUAUGGUACAUGGAACUAGUCAACAUUUCUUUCAGCCGGUGAGUGCUUCUGUUGUGAGAAGAUCAUCUGGUCCUAUCCAACUAUAAUUUUGAGUUGCUGAAGAAAUGCUUUUUUUCCUCUCCCCCACAAGCACGAUUAUUUUCAUUUAUAAACACUGCGCUUGUUCUCACGGUGUCUAUUAGACACUGUCCAUGACAUCAUCAGCGGGUGCCUUGGGACUCAGGGGGCAUCGAUAAAAGAAAAGCCAGUGACAAAAAGUGAUUUUUAGAGCCAGUUAUCACAUAUUUAUUACGUUUAUAUUUAUCUCUCAUUCAUCCUUUCCAUUUUCUUCAAUACAUGCAAAAACCCUGUGAGGUAAGUCAGGCUAAGGGAUGGUGACUAGUCCAAGAUUACACAGAGAGCUUCAUGGAUGAGUGGAGAUUUGAACCCUGAACACUCCCAAUUCUAGUCUAAGCACCAAAACAUGCUAGGAUAUGGUUGCCAUAUACUAAACAUAGAUCUCUUGGUUCUUCAUCACAUGGUGAUUUGCAAGAGAGGCCAGAUGAAAAAAAGGAGCUUCAAAAUACAGUGAUACCUUGGUUCUUGAACUUAAUCCGUACUGGGAAUCCAUUUGACUCCCGAAAUCGUUCAAAAACCAAGGCACGGCUUCCAGUUGGCUGCAGGAGCUUCCGGCACUCAAGCAGAAGCUGCGUCGGACGUUCAGCUUCCGAAAAAUGUCCGCAAACCGGAACACUUACUUCCGGGUUUGCAGCGUUCGGGAGCUGAUUUGUUCAACAACUAAGCUGUGUGAGAACCAAGGUACUGCUGUAAUGUAAUGUGUUAGCUUUGGCUAGUAUUUUCCCCAAACACCUAUAUCAUAUAUGCUAAUUUCAAAUGCAAAACUAGCAAAUGCAAAUCCAUUGUUAAAGGGCUAAACAAAAUAACACAUAACAAGGAGCUUGUAAUAAACGGGGCAGCGGGGGAGAGAAUAAAUUGGAAAGAGCAAUAGUGAUUUACCUAACGUAGCAAGCACUCCACAGGCUGCCCAGAUGACUAAGCAGGGCCCAACAGCUCCAACGUUAGCCAGAACGGCUUUUGGAGAAACAAAGAUUCCCGAACCAAUCACUGUCCCAACAAUGAGACCGAUUCCACUAAGCAGGCCCACCUGGAAAAAGAAAUUGAGGUUAGGUGAAUUCAACCGGAGUGGUUCUUUCAAUCUUCUAUAGGCAGUAUCAUGAGGGUGGAGAUGGAUGGGGGACAGGAACACUGAAGCAGAUGUUAACCCAAGAAUAUGUUAGGAAGGGUCCUCUCUUAUUGCAGAAACACUGCUUUAUACAACAGCUGCUGACACAUAUCUUAGGGGGAGCUUAUUUUCCCAACAAACACAUCCGUAGGAUCUACAGUUAAUUAAUAUUAUUAAUUGUACUUCUUGGUCAUUUUUUAAAUUAAAAGUGAAGUCAAAGCGACUUGGAAUGUAACACAGGAAUUAAAAGCAAUAUAAAACUAAAAUGAAAUAAAGACUUAAAAAAAAAGGUCUGUUCUGGGAAUGACCUUGGUAAGCUGCUCUAGGAGCCUUCUUCAGCUUGGAGGUGGGGUGAAAAUGUUUAAAAAGAAUUUAAAAAGUAUAAAACGUUACUUGUUGCCUUGGCAAGGGUAACAAAAAUGUGGAGGAAUAAGCGCUCAGUAUUGACCAUGACCAUUUCUUCAUAUUCUAGCCAAGGGAAAAAAGUAAUGAGUGUGAGGGGAACGCAACCAGGGUCUGCUGUGCUGAGACUUUCAGCAGCAUUAACAGGUGAGGUGACACCAGGAACAACUUGUGAUACAAUGCAAACAUUAACCAGACGUUCUGGGAAAAGAGGCUUUCCUUUUGUACUUCACUGAGCUUUGUGAUUAUCUCCACAUUUAGCAAACAACACUCUACUAAUUAACUCAGGUGUUGAACAUCACAGAGCAUUUUACUUCACCACUUGGGGCAUUAAAGCUGGACCUAACUAGACUAUUCCCUGUUUUUACAACAGGACAUGUACCAAGUGCAACUGUGCCUCCUCUUGAGAGCGAGGAUGUGUUUAAGGACGGAAUUCUAAGUGUGGAUGGGCAAAUCUGUCAAAUUUAGUUUCUCCCCCAGUUUCACAUUUCCCCAGUAUUAAAUUUAGUUCUCCUUUACUGCAGCAGCAAAAACAAUGUGCAAGGCAGCCAUUGAGAAUUACCAGGCUUUUCAGCCACAGCAAGCGCUGUCAUUUUCCAGCGGUUUGACUUCAUCCCCAGAAGCACACUGGCACAGACGGAUACCAACCAUGCACGCUUCCCCCCAGUUUACACAAUUUUGCAAACAUUUGGUAUGAGAACUGAAAUGCAAAAUUCAGACAAGUGUGAAUUUUGAAGGAUAACUGGUUCUGUUCAUGUCCUGGGUUGGGAACUGCAAGUUAGGUAGGUCUGCAUUCAAAUUAAAGCUCAGGGCAAAACAGCUAAUUCCCAUGUUUUACACGGUGCAUAUUUUGCCGCAAAUAAAACCCAAGAAGGAGUUAAGCAUACUUAAAGCACAUUGCUUUCAUUGCUUUCAAAAAUGCUGACUGUAUUGUACUGCCUCGAGGUGAAUGCCAUAAGCCAGGAAUGGGGAAUCAGAUGUUCCUGAACUUCAUUUCCCAUCAGGCCCAACCAGCAUAGCUGGAAAUUGGGGGCCAAUAACCUCUGAAGGGUCACAAGCUCCCCAUUCCUGCCAUAAACUAUGCAAACACAUAAGCAUCCAUGGGAAGGUAUUAGGCCUAGGAGAGACACAAUUUGGUUGAGGCCACCUGGCGCUGUUCACUACCUCUUUGCAUAUGUGCAGCUCCUCUUAAGACUAUUAAUUCCAGAAUCUAAAAUUCCCUAACUAUGACGAAGCGUGGUUUAAGAACGCAGUAAGUAAGUAAGUAAACAAUAAAAUGAUUUUUACAACAGAAUGGAAUCUAUAUUUGAGAUCUGGGAGGCUAAGAGCUUCUAGGACUGUUUCCAAUGUAAUAUAUUACAAGUCUUGCCUCUUUCUGUAGAUUCAUAGAUUUGCUUUUCUUGAUGGGCGUUUCAUCAGGUUCUUGAUUUGAACUUCGUUUUCUGAUGCCUCCUUCAUCCAUUUUGCUUACUUGAUGCUGAUGUGCCUAUUAUAUUAGUGAAUCCUGCAAACAGCACAAAGUUAACUAGGAGUAUAUUAUUUAAAAGUCUGUUUAUCUUUUGACUUCAAAAAAAGCAACAGGGGACCCAUAGCGCUCUUACAUAGUUAAUUCAAAGUAAUGGUGGGAUGUGCUACCUCACUCCGAGUUGGCUUUGUAAUGUUAUAGCAUAAUCCAAUCUAAGUGUGGGACACUGUGAUAUCACCUCACUGGUCCUAUGAUCCCUGAUUAUCUAGAUCAUGUAGCCAGCAAGAAGAACCCUGUUUUUAAUGCCUGCCAAGAGGGUGAAGCAGUGUACCUUUUGCUUCCACACUUACCUGUUAUGGCUGAUCCAUUUAACUAAUCUUGAAUUUUGGUAGUAAUCAGUAGUCAACUUAAGAGGUACAAAUGCCAAUGCCUAGGAGCACUCCAUUUUUUGAAACAACAGUUUGCCAUUUUCAUGACAAUGUAUGAGUAAUAUAAAGGUGGCUUAUCUGCCUUGAUGGGAGCUCAAAGGUUGGAAAUGAAUUUGCUGUACAAAACAUGAUUUGAUGUUACGGAUAACUUAUUAUCAGAUAGUUUGCUGGCCAGCAGUGAUCAGAUGACUUUGUUAUCAGUUUGCUCAUUUUGUAUGGCAAACUUUAUACCUGGUUUGAUGGUUUAACAUGCCUAUUUGGUGUUCUGCAAGUCUAUAAUGUGUUUCCUUGUUUUGCACUUGCAAAGAGAGAAAUGGACAUAAUAAGCCCAUUAUGUGUUCUGAGGUCUUCCUCUCUUUGAAUACAUCUCACUGUAUGAUAAAAUAGGGCAGAUGGAACCAGUUUGGAGCAAAGGACCAGUGGGAGGACAAAAGGAGACAUGGGAGGGUGUGUGCAUGUCUGUGUGUAAGUCUGGAUUAAACAAGGGCACCUGAAGGACUGAGGAGGAGCAAGAGGAAAGAAUGAUGUUAAUCUAUGGUCUUGUAAAGCAGAAGGAUUAUUGUCCCUUUUCUUUUCCUAUUAUUCUUUUCCCAUUGGGUUAUGUACUUCGUGUUUUAUGCUGUAAACUGCUCUGUGAUCUCUUGAUGAAGCAGCAAAUGAAAGAAAGAAUGAAUGAAUGAACGAACUGUUUAGCCCAGAGAAGAGAAGUCCGAGGUUAAACUAGCAAACCAAAGGUUAAACCAGUGGUGGCCAAACUUGGCCCUCCAGAUGUUUGGGACUACAAUCCCCAUUAUCCCUGACCACUGGUUCUGUUACCUAGGGUUGAUGGGAGUUGUAGUCUCAAAACAUCUGGAGGGCUGAGUUUGGCCACUACUGGGUUAAACUAACCCCUUUCCAGCCCCAGGAGGAGCGUCCACACGACACACCUACACACUGCAGCCGACACUAAUGUGUCGCGUGACACACAGUCUGGAAAGCUUUGUGCUAGAAUAUAACACAGAGGAGGAGCACAACGCAUUAAGCUGAUAGGGGAGAGAGGGCAGGGUUGUGGUCGCCCACAGGCAGUCACAACGCAGGAUGUGAGCAGCUUUCUUUGCUGGGCAGCCAGUUCUCAAAACAAGAAAGGUGCCAUUCUGGGGAAACUGGAAGCAUUUGCAAGCAUUUGCCUGGGCUUUUAAUUUUUUUCUGAAGAAAGAGAGAGAGAGAGAGAGAGAGAGGCCUGCCUUUGGAUAAGGAUAGAAAAGGCAGGGAAAAAUUCUUGCUGCACAUCUGUGGCUCUCUCCUUCCUUCCCUGGGACUCAGCUAGACUCAUGUUAUUGAAGAAUAUAUACACACACACACAUAUAUAGGGGGUGGCGGGCAGGGCCAACUCCAGCUGCGGUAUUUGAAAGUGCAAUCCUAAAAAUGUCCACUCAGAUGCAACACCUGUUGGAUCCACAGGUAAAUUAAAUUAGGAUUGCAGGCAGUGUGUUGCACUGGUUAGAGCAGUGUGGUGCGUUUGAGCCCACAGAUUCAUUUGCAAACUAGGGGGACUGCCAUAGCCACUAUGCACUGAUGGCAAGCAUGCAAGAGCGGAUGUGGCCAUCGCACACCUGGGCACACCUUCACACUUUCCCUUCAUGGCCAGUGCCUAGGCUGGAAGAAAGUCUUAGUUUUCUUUUAAACCAAAUUGGUGGCAGCGGGGUGAUCUUCUUGGAGAGUCCAGCUGGGGUGGAAAGCAGGGCAGUUCCCCCCCCCCCUGCUUACAAUGGUUUUAAGAUAAGGAACAUCGCUCAUCCCAGAAAAACAAUAACAACACACUAUUAGGAUUUGUUGGGGGAAGUCUUGUAAUGGAGUCAACAGAAGGCUCUCCCACCCCAAGUCUAAUUGCAGUGGGAGAGCCUUCUCUGGAAUCCACUGGAGUAAAUAAGCCACACCCCUUGUAGGCUGAGGAGACCAGGGUACAAAUCCACACCCAGCCAUGAAGUUCCUGGCUGACCUUGGGCAAGUUCCUAAUUCACACACGAAUCUGCCUCACAGGGGUUGUGUGGGGACAGUGAGGGUCACGUAUGUCACCUUAAGCUACCUGGAAGGAAGGUGAGAUGUAAAAAACAAAGCAAACUGGGAAAUUGUGGUUUAAUCUUAUAGACUAUAAACCAGGAUAUUAAACCAGGAUCGGAACCAGGUUUACUUGACCAAGACUGCUGCACUUGAAUUGUUUUGAACAGUAAAUGAAGAAAGAACAACAGAACACUUGGCUGCCCUCUAUGGAUACACCGAGUAAUACAAUGACAGUUCUAGCAAAUCUAUUGCAAAUACACAAGAAUCUAUAGCAAAUAUUCAUGCAAGUCUCUCGCAUAAUUAUCCCUGUGAAUCUUUUCACAUUUUCAGCCUGGAAGCGAGAGUGGCACUCACCGUGUUUCGCGGAGCUCUUGAGUCAUCGAAACACCUUCCCUUCACUUAUCUCCUCCUUCAGCAGACAAUGCCCCCGACUCUAAAGCAGAAUGCUGGGAAACAGCAGUCACUUAAGUACAGAGGUUAUAAACAAAGGUAAUGAUUAAACUAGAAUGCUUCCAAUAAUCAUUAAAAGCCCAAUUAAUUUAUUGGCAAAAAAAGGUAGAGUUUUUGGUUCCAUUUUGAUGUCCCCACCCCCAACCCUGUGUCUUGCAGUUUGAACAAGCACCGAAGUAUUUGACAGUGUGGCACUCAUGGACCAAGGCACCAACAAGGUUGCCGUGAUUUUAUAAGACAUCAAGGUCUUCCUGCAUGAUUAAAAAGCAAAAGCAAAACCCACUGAACUUGGGGAAGAGAUCAUUGUGGGUUAUUUUGUAAACAAUCUUCUUAAUUUUAAAGGUUUUUAAACCUUAAUUUUAAAGGUUUUUAAAGCAAUACAUUGCUUACUUUAGCAAAAAGGAAAGAAUUUAAAAAGGAAACCGACAGCUCCUAUCUACUUCAAACAAUUGGCUGGCUGCCAAACUGCUCUCCUGUCCUGUUUGUCUGGAUGGACUGAACUUCUCUUGAACUUGCAAACAGGCUGAAUGCGGUCAGAAAGAAGGAAAGAAAAUCUCCUUUUGUUUCCAGCCUUGAGCACAUUUGCAGACAAACAAACAAACUUAGUUAAUUACUUUUCUGCACUUGGGGUUUAGAAUAUAUCUUGUUCGAUCCCUCCUUCACUAUCACCCCUGAUUAUUGGCCAUGCUAGCUGCAGCUGAUGGGAGUUGAGUCCAACAGUAUGCGGAGGGCUGUCAAAGUUUCUCAACCCAGCCCUAGAUUUUUAAAAUGUCUCCAAUGUUGACAUUCACACACUUUUCUGAAGAGACGUUCAGAACUUCUGUGUUUUAAUUCGUCUUCUUUAUCUGUGUGUCCAGAAUUAAAGUUAAAUAAAAUAGGUUGGUGGCUGCCUAGUUCUUAGAGCUAGGGAAGCCCAACAACAUAUUGAGGACCAGGGGUUCCCCAUCACUCUCAGGCCAAAUAGGUUUCUGUAGUGCUUCAGAAACCAGCACACCUCGAUUGACCACAGCAGAACAAGAGAGAUUAGGGUGCACAUCACCAGAAACGAUGCCUCUGUCAUACUGUUACAAAAACAAUUGUGCGGUGCAAAAAUCACAUAGGCUACAUGAGCAAAGGGUUUGGUAAUAGUCCAAGAUUGUGCAAGAGUUCAAAGCAGCUUGAAACAAAUGUUUCAACUGUUAUAGCAACCAGUAAGUAUGUACACAUGUUCGGCAUAUUAAUUUCACAAUGGGAAAUUUGAUUUGAAUAAGUGAGUGAGAUUGGUCUUUUCUCCCCUCAGUGAUAUAAACUGAUUUGUUUAAAUUGCCUUUAUUCAAAUCAAGCCACCCUAGAUAACAAAACUCAUCUGCUUAUGUGGUUGUUGCAAGGAUGAUGGGAUUGAUGUGUGAAUAAUGCUUCCAGUUACUGGUCUUCAGCUGGUGGGCCAGGACCCACUAUGAAAAUAUACAGUAAAAGAUUAAGAAAUGCAUGUUUGGGUUAAAAGCAGGGCCUGGGUCUGAAAAGACUGAAGACUACUGCUCUAAACCAUUCUUCCCAAACAUGGCGUCCGCCAGAUGGACUACAACGCCCCCAAAUCCCUGACCAUCAACCAUGCUCUCUGGGACUGAUGGGAGUUGUGGCUCAAAAUAGCUGGAGGGUGACAGAUUGUGGAAGGAUGUUCUAAAUUGCUACUACAGGUAUGCUUAGCAGUAUUACUGUAGUGUCCAUUCCUCAUGGAUGUUGAGAUGCAUUUGAGUAAGAUUCGCACAGGCUUUUGCACAAUGUCCUAAAAAGCUUGACUUUGCAAAGGUGAAAUGUAAAAGCAAUAUUAGAGUCCCUAUCUAUAGCUUAAGGACAAUCUUAAUUCAUUCAUAUGCACUUUGGACUCCCCCCAGUGCUAAUCCUUGAGCAUAAUGAGAAUGAAUUUCAACCUUCUGAGAUAGGCACAAAAUGUUCAGUGCAAUGUUUCCUUAUAUCUCUAUGAUCUAUUGCAGGCAAUUACAUUAGUCAGGAAUGGAAUAAAUAGUUCUUUAACACAAAAUGACAACACACCCAGAUUGUAGUAGCUACCUGCUCUGAACCUACACAGUUGAGCUAUAAAGGCAGCACCGUUGCCAACAAGCACAGAGUCAAGCCAGUAUCUUGCUAAUCUCUCAAGGUAAAGUGCACAAUGAGCUAUUGCCAAUCAGCAUAAUAAUAUUUAAAAAGUUACCUCCAUGUAAGUCCUUCACACAGUUUAGCAAUCUAAACUAUGGAAUUUGCGUCCACAAGAUACACUGAUGGUCCCCAAUUUAGUUUUGGCAUGGGACUAGGCAAAAGAUAAGGCUAAUCGGUUGCUACUAGUCAUGGUGACUCUAUAUUACCUCCAGCAUCAGAGGCAACAGCCUCAGAAUCCCAGUCGCUGGAGAACACGAUUGGGAAGGAGAUGAUCUCCCCUCACCUCCUGCUUGUGUGCUUCCCAGAAGCAUCAAGUUGUGCCCUGUAGGAACAGAAUGCCAGACUAGCUAGGCCUUUGAGUCCAGUACGACUCAUCCUCUAUGCUUUCAAGAAUUUCCAGGCACUACCUGCAAGUGGGCUUGCUGUCCCAGGUAGCAUGUGCUGCAUCUUGGCUCUAUUGGCUCUGUCACUUAUUUAUUAUAUUUAUUUGCAGUAUUUAUAGCCCACCCACCCCAUUUAAUGUUCUCAAUCCCAGACCAGGGCAUAAAGUAAUAAAAACAAACAGGGGGGAAACAAUGGAUGUACAAAAAUUACAAAAUCAUAUAAACAGGACCAAUGAACAACUGAACCAUUAUAUCAUGAGCAAAACUGCAGCAACAAAAAUUAAUUGUUUCAAUUUAACCAAAUACCUAAGUGAAAACAAACACAACAGUAUGUGCUGUGUAAAAUUAAUUUGUUCUGUCUUUCAUUUAGUUGAAAUGACUGCAGCUAAGUAAGCAGAUGAAUGUCUACAGCCAUCUCAUGAAUGGUAUCAAUUUUAAUUGUUUCGUUUGGAGCUUAUGUCGUUCCCAGUCCCAAUGCCUUGAGUGGGUAGCAGGGUUUUUUCUUUUCUCUACUUCCCUAUCCCAGACCCCCAAAGGCAGUUUCAUGCCAUUCUUUGAAGAAGUACAGGCAUGGACUUUGGCAAGCCUUAAAAGAAAAGGAACUCCAGAGUUUGGUGGGGACAGUCUCUGUGAGUCCUUGAAGUACAUAGUGUAUUUCAAUAAAACAUUACCAAGGUUAGGCUGCUCUGGGCUUUCUAGACUAUUGCUACAAGCACCUGAAGAUGGGCCAUAGUGUUGGCACCAUCUAAAGCCGCAGAGCUGCUGAGAACACCCCUAUAUCAAACAUGUAUAGUUCUGCCUUGAAAAUAUGAAUAGCUGGUUCUCUGGAGGUAUGCAGAAGGACUCUAGAAAGCAGUGGGUUAAGCAGUGGGUUUGUUUGGUUUUUUAAAAACAAAGUGUUUUGUUCUUUUUUUCAAUCCUUUUCAUAAGCUACUGGUAUUAAAGGGUUAGAGAUAGUCUCUUAUACCCAUUCUCAAUUAUUUGAUUUAACUUCUUCUCUUUCACAAGGGGAGGAGUUGUGAGCGGGAUUUGCUCCCCGUGCUUCACAGGGGGGCGUGGUUGGGCCCCCUGCGUCACAGGGAGUCCCAGGCCCAUGCCACGCCCUCAGCUGGCCAAUCUGGCUAGCUGGGGGCAUGGUUUGCCACAUUUAAGUGGCCCCGGCCCCGGCUCUGCCUGUUUGGUUCCUGCACGCACAGAUCUCGCUUACUUACCACAUGCUGUUUGUGGGUCCUUUGCUUUGUUCUAGUUUCGUUAAUUUUGAAGUCCCUAAAUGCCUUGGCUGCAACGCUGCGACAGGGACUUUCAUGCCAGGGAUUGCUUGGUUUUCCUCAGCGCGCUGCUCACCAGCACAGGAUUUUAUUUCAACUUAACCCCUCUGGGUUCUGGCACUUGGAGCAAAGCAGGUUUCUGUGGGAAGGUUUACUUUAGCAGAGUUAAACAAUUCCCUUUAUAAGUUUAUGCAGCGAUCAGCUUGUUGCUUACUCACCUGAGUUCUAGUAAUAAAGAUGCCUUCCUGGUUAAAAAUCCCUUUGAAUCCCUCUUAAAGAAUAUACACACAAAUCUGAUUCAUGUUAAUAUACAGCUCUUUUACUCUCAGAUUCAUUCAGGUUUACAGAACUGUACCUGAAGGCAGGCUUAGGUUACAUAACAAGCAAAUUAACUAUACCAGAGGGAAGUUGGUCCUGAGGUGACUGCAACUGAGCAGUUAUCUUUCAAAACUACCAGCAACUGACAAACUGGUUGUCACAGCAACCAGUUAGAACAUGGAGGCCGUUAGUCCUCUGUUGGAAUGCUGCACUUGACUGCACCUUUACAUCCCCCCAUUUCUAUGUUUGCAGCCGCUGCGAGGGGAGUUUCACGGAUGGGCUUGUGCAGGCAGGGCUUUGGAGCGCUCCUGGAGACCCCUUCAAAUCUGAUUUCCCUUUCCUCUGCCAUUUCCCUAAACCUUGUUCCCUCCUGUCAGCUCUCUCAUUGCCCUAAACUGUUUGUGUGCUGUGCUCCUUCCUGACAGGAGUGUGAGCUGCGUUCCUUAGGUUUCUUCAGUCCAGCUUCCCCCUCUGCUCCGAGUGCUUGUUCCCUGCCUCUUAUCUUUGCCCUUAAACUGUGGUGUUUUGCUCCUUCUUGACUGGAGUUGGGCUGUGUUCCUUAGGUUUUCCAGCCCACCUUCCUCCCCUGCUCUGAGCAGCUUCCUCCCUUGCCCUGAGUUGCUUGUGGGUUUGUUUGUUUGUUGUUUUUUACUCUGUACGGUUUCCACCUUCCUUCCUUCCUUCCUUCCUUCCUUCCUUCCUUCCUUCCUUCCUUCCUUCCUUCCCCUGAGCCACAUGUACAUUGUUCCUUUCUACCUAAUUUCAUCUAUUGGGCUCGGCUUGCCCAGUGUGUGUUGGUUCUUUGUGCGUUCUCAUUUUCCUUCCUUUCUCAAAGCAGCGGGUGCCUUGCUCCUUAUUUCUUGAUUUUUCUUCUGUCGGCCUUGACUUGUCCCAGCGGGUGUUUGCUUCCCUUCAGUUGGUGUGCGUUUUAUUAAAUGGUGGGGUGUCUGCUAAAGGGCAGGUGCCUGGCUCAGUCAGCUUCCCCACCUCCCAUUCUAGACUUCUGGGGUGGCGCCAUCGGCAAUGGCGGACUCCCUCUGAUCUGGAGGGACUAGCUCCACGUGAAACGGGUCUUUUCCGCUACGGCGAAGUGGGGACCCUUUCAAAAAUCACAGGCGGAUGAAGCCUGUGACCAUGGGACUCGGCGGGCACCUUUAGCGCCCCCCCCACCCCACAAAGGAACCCAUUAACGGGCACCGGGGCGAAGAGGGGGAAGUGGCGCGGUGCUGAGAGUCAACUGCUUCUUCCGUGGAGCGAAGCCGCACAGCCGUUGCCGGAGAGCGCUGCCUUUUUCCUGGGACAAUUUGGCUUCUAAAAUAAUCACCCGUGAGUACUUAAAUUUCGGACAAUUGGACUUUAAAUAAGGACUUGCGAGCAGAAAGGAAAAUUGGACUUAAAAGUUUACUUCAAUUUGGCACUGAAACGGGAAGGUCUAAACAGGAAGUCAGCCUUCCGUUUCUUUGUAGAUAGAUUAAAGCAAAGACAUGGCAAACUAGAGCUCAGAAAAUCACUUGUAAAAGAUUAACUUUCAUCAUUUAAAAUUGUUGAACCCCCCUUCGGAAGCAGGAGAAGAGGGGGGAUUUUUUCGGACUGUUUAAACCUGCAGAAGUGAGUGUAAAGUAAAGUAACUUUCCACCGUCUUGAUCCUGGAGCGGGGUGUCAGGACUGACGUUUUUUGAAGCUCAUUGACCAAAGACAAACGUUUUUGACAGAUAGCUAAAAUAAGAGAAACAUAGUGAUUCCAUUGUUCCCCUUCGCAUUUUAAAGGAACAAAUAUUGACAAAAUAUCUGAAAAAGGAAACUUUGUUGUUAGACUUGUCUUUAAAAGAAAGAACAAAUAGAAGUUUUCCCACUCGAGGGAGACUGUGAAACUGUAACCAAUUCCGGGGAGCUUGCAGCUGUUACAGAUUACAAUCGUGGGAAUGGACUUCUGACCUUGCAGGACAAUGUAUUCAGAAGCUCUGUUGUGUGCUCUCUGUAAAACAAAUGCCCUACUGGAACAGCUACAUGAGAAGACGGACUUGAUGACUGAUGCGAUCAGAAAUUUUGAACAGGCAGUGGGAAAUUAUAUGGAGCCUACCCAGGAAUUAAAUCAGGAGUGUGCCCUGACAGAACAGAUGAAGGAAGAGGAUGUUGCUGAAUCUUGGGUGCCAGAGAUGGAGGGAGCUGUGGCCCAGCAGGAACAUGAGCUUUUGGAUUUGACAAAUGAACUUGGAAAAAGCUAGAUUUGGAAAGAUAAAGUUUGGUCUGGUUUGGAAAUGGGGGGGUUGGAUAGACCCCUAUGCAGGGAUGUUUGGACUUUUCAAGUCUGGCAAUGGGCCGUGAGAUGUUUGGGGUUGUGGGGGCUCUUAAUUUUGGAGGGAUUUUGAAACAUGUUCUUAAAUACCACAUGGAGUUUAGUGUGGACUAUGGAAAAGGGGCUGAUUUGUCGAGAAGGGUCAAAAACAUUGUUAAGCUGGAGUUCCCACGAGUGAAAGGAGCAGGAGACAAAGGAAAAUACAGCUAUAAAUAUGAAGAAGAGCCACGGAAGGGACAUGGAAGGGACUUAAGGGCCUCGGAUACAAGGUUACCAGGUUAAUGCGCUAGAUCAAUGGGAUAAAAGGACUGACAAAACCCGGGACCAGGAGGAAGGGACACUGGAUGAAGAUUGGAUUGUUUUUAUUUCUUUUUUACUACUAGGAUUGUUUUAUAAAAUUGAUGAAUGUUAGAAAAAUGUUGGAACGAAAUUACUUGGCUUUAGCAAAAAUGUUUAAAGAAUUAUGUAAGAAUAUUAUGGUUAUGAGAAGUUGGUAAAAAUAAGAUUUAAGUUUUAAGCUUUAAGGUUCUUUAUAGUAAGAUAAGAUUAAAAUAGAUUAAGGUAAUGUAAUGACAGAAUAUUAUGAAAUAUGGAAAGGAUUUGCUGAGACAAUUAACAACUAGGAUACCAUAAAGGGAGGAGGAGGAGGUCAAAGAAAGAAGGUAAUGACAGUUGAGGAUUUGAGAAUGAUGGAUUUGUUUUUGAGUGUUUGUGGUGUAUUUUUGUUUUUUGAAUUUGUAUUGUUUGAUGUGGUUUGGUUUUUCUUUCUCUUUUUCUGCUUUGUUCUCUUUUGUAAUUCUAAAAUUUUUUCAAUAAAUAUCAUUUAAAAAAAAAUAGACAGCGAAAUCAAUCACUUUCAUUUACUCUAUCCUGCAGGGGUAUCUCUUCUCCUUAAAGGGGCAGUGUGUUUUAAAUAGACUCAGGGCUGGGGAUCAGCUGUCUGGCACUAAAGCCUCUUAGCUUUUUAUGGUACAUAAGAGGGUAAUUUUGCUGGGCUUUUGUUUUGUUUUGUUGCCGAGGUCCCUUAACUAUUCUGGUAUCGGCAGUAGAUCAAUUCAGAUUUCCUGAGUUACUGUCGGGUGUGUUGGGGCUGCAGUUUGUGCUUCCUCUGGUGAACAGCGUGUUGCUGCUGGCAGCCAUUUUGAGCACACCACGUGGCCAAGCUUUCCCAGCAACUAUUUGGGAUGAGACACGUGGCCUCUGUUUUUCUUGUUGUUUUUUUUUAUAAGAUAUUUAUUAAGAUUUUCAAAAUAUUACAAAAUAAAAAUAGAAAAAAGAAAAAAUACAAAAUAAAAAUAGUUAAAAACAAGUCAAUCUUUCCAUUACUUAUUUUUCAUUAGCUUGUUUCCCGGACCUCCUCAUGCCUCCCUUUUUUGUAUUCCAGUUCAGUUUGUUGGUUCAGCAAAUCCUUCCCCUCUUUGUUUAUCCUAAUCUUUAAUCUUAAAGUAUUGUAACAUUAAAUUUUUACCUGUUAGUAAUCCAUUUUUCAUAUUCCCUUAUAAUAUUUCAGCUAAAAACCAUUUAAUUUCUAUCCAACAUCAUUCUAACAUUCAUUAAUUUUACAAUAUUUCUGUAAAUAGUCUUUAAAUUUCUUCCAAUCUUCUUCCACCGACUCUUCUCCCUGGUCUCGGAUUCUGCCAGUCAUUUCCGCCAGUUCCAUAUAGUCAAUCACCUUCAUCUGCCAUUCUUCCAGAGUGGGUAGAUCUUGUGUCUUCCAAUACUUUGCAAUGAGUAUUCUUGCUGCUGUUGUGGCAUACAUAAAAAAAGUUCUAUCCUUCUUUGGCACCAGUUGGCCGACUAUGCCCAGGAGAAAGGCCUCUGGUUUCUUCAAGAAGGUAUAUUUAAAUACUUUUUCAAUUCAUUGUAGAUCAUCUCCCAGAAAGCCUUAAUCCUUGGGCAUGUCCACCAAAGGUGGAAGAAUGUACCUUCAGUUUCUUUACAUUUCCAACAUUUGUUAUCGGGCAAAUGGUAGAUUUUUGCAAGCUUGACUGGAGUCAUGUACCACCUGUAUACCAUUUUCAUAAUAUUCUCUCUUAAGGCAUUACAUGCCGUAAACUUCAUACCCGUGGUCCAUAACUGUUCCCAGUCAGCCAUCAUUAUGUUAUAUCCAACAUCUUGUGCUCAUUUAAUCAUAGCAGAUUUCACCGUUUCAUCCUGAGUAUUCCAUUUCAACAGCCAGUUAUACAUCCUUGAUAAAGUCUUAGUUUUGGGUUCUAACAGUUCUGUUUCUAAUUUUGAUUUUUCCACCUGGAAGCCAAUUUUCUUGUCCAAAUUAUAUGCCUCCAUUAUCUGAUAAUAAUGAAGCCAAUUUCGCACUUUGUUUUUUAGUUUCUCAAAACUCUGCAGUUUCAAUCUGUCUCCCUCUUGUUCCAGAAUUUCCCAAUAUUUCGGCCAUUUGGCCUCCAUAUUGAGCUUUUUCAAUGCUUUCGCUUCCAUCGGUGACAACCACCUUGGGGUUUUAUUUUCCAAUAAAUCCUUAUAUCUUAUCCAAACAUUAAACAAUGCUUUCCUGACAAUAUGAUUCUUAAAUGCUUUAUGUGCUUUGAUCUUAUCAUACCACAGAUAUGCAUGCCAUCCAAAUACAUUAUUAAAACCUUCUAAAUCCAAAAUGUCUGUGUUUUCAAGAAGCAGCCAUUCUUUCAACCAGCAAAAAGUUGCUGAUUCAUAGUAAAGUUUUAGGUCUGGCAGGGCAAAUCCACCUCUUUCCUUUGCAUCUGUUAGUAUUUUAUAUUUUAUUCUAGGCUUCUUGCCCUGCCAGACAAAUCUAGAAAUAUCUCUCUGCCACUUCUUGAAACAGUCCAUUUUGUCCACAAUUUGCAAUGUUUGAAACAAAAACAACAUUCUAGGCAAUACAUUCAUUUUUAUCGCAGCAAUACGACCCAGCAGUGAAAGCUUCAAAUUUGACCAAAUUUCUAAAUCUUUUUCACUUCGGCCCAGCAUUUUUCAUAGUUGUCUUUAAAUAAAUUCCCAUUUUUUGCUGUCAUGUUAAUCCCCAAGUAUUUCACUUUCUUAACCACUGUUAAGCCUGUCUCAUUCUGAAACCUCUCUCUCUCAAUCAGUGUUAAGUUUUUCUCUAAAACCUUGGUUUUUAACUUAUUCAGUUUAAAUCCUGCAACCUGACCAAAUUCUUGAAUCAGUUCUAAAACCCUUUUGGUACUAGAUUCUGGCUCCUGUAACGUCAAUACUAAGUCAUCUGCAAAUGCUCUCAAUUUGUACUGUUUGGCUCCGACUUGUAUACCUUUAACCAACUGGUCCCUUCUAAUCAUAUUCAGCAAAACCUCCAGGACCGAUAUAAAAAGCAAUGGGGAGAUUGGGCAACCUUGUCGUGUCCCUUUUUCUAUCUUAAAUUCUUCCGUCACCACAUUAUUUACAAUUAGUUUAGCCUUUUGUUCUGAAUAAAUUGCACUUAUACCGUUUUCAAAGCCUUGGCCUACCCCCAUCCCCUGUAGGUUCUUCUUCAUAAAGCUCCAAGAGAUAUUAUCAAAAGCUUUCUCCGCAUCCACAAAUAUCAAAACUGCUUUAGUAUUUAUGUUCACUUCUAAUUUUUCCAAAAUAUUAAUUAUAUUCCUCAAAUUGUCAGACAAGUGUCUUCCCGGGAGAAAGCCCGCUUGGUCUUUAUGAAUCUCUUCCAUCAACACUUUUUUCAAUCUCUUGGCCAAAAUAUCUGCAAAAAUUUUGUAAUCCACAUUAAGUAAUGAUAUGGGGCGGUAGUUCUUAAGCUGAGUCUUUUCAGUCUCUGUUUUCGGUAUAAGUGUAAUAUACGCUUCUUUCCACGACUCUGGUGCCCUUUUCCCGCCUCUGUUUUUCUUGUUGCCAUGUUGCUUUGUGCACGUGCUUCCACACACCCCUGUGCUACAUGAGAAACUCUUUUGAUUGUACCUAACAUUAUAGAAGGCAAAUUAUAUUAUAUAUAUAUAUAUAUAUAUAUAUAUAUAUAUAUAUAUAUAUAAUAUUAUAUAAUUAUAUAUUAUAUAUUAUAUAUAGGCAAAUAGAAGGGGAAGAAAUGGAGGCAGUAAGAGAUUUUACUUUUUUGGGCUCCAUGAUCACUGCAGAUGGUGACAGCAGUCACGAAAUUAAAAGACGCCUGCUCCUUGGGAGAAAGGCGAUGGCAAACCUAGACAGCAUCUAAAAAAGCAGAGACAUCACCUUGCCAACAAAGGUCCAUAUAGUUAAAGCCAUGGUUUUCCCAGUAGUGAUGUAUGGAAGUGAGAGCUGGACCAUCAAGAAGGCUGAUCGACGAAGAAUUGAUGCUUUUGAAUUAUGCUGCUGGAGGAGACUCUUGAGAGUCCCACGGACUGCAAGAAGAUCAAACCUAUCCAUUCUUAAGGAAAUCAGCCCUGAGUGCUCACUGGAAGGACAGAUCGUGAAGUUGAGGCUCCAAUACUUUGGCCACCUCAUGAGAAGAGAAGACUCCCAGGAAAAGACCCUGAUGUUGGGAAAGAUGGAGGGCACAAGGAGAAGGGGACAACAGAGGAUGAGAUGGUUGGACAGUGUUCUCGAAGCUACAAACAUGAGCCUAACCAAACUGCGGGAGGCAGUGGAAGACAGGAGUGCCUGGCGUGCUCUGGUCCAUGGGGUCACGAAGAGUCGGACACGACUAAACGACUAAACAACAACAACAUUAUAUUAUAUUAGUGUGUGUCCUUUUCUUUAUUUAACCUUAAUUUAACCUAUCUUUAUUUAACCUUAAUUUAAUGAAGAAGAAAAAGAAGAAGAAAUACUGUGAAGAAGAAAUAUUUAUGUAUGUGUGUGUGUGUGUGUGUGUACACACACACACACACACACACACACACCUUGUCCUGAUUUCUUUGGGGACUUCGGCUCAUGUUUGUGCAUUGCCUUCAUGUGUUGGGCUUAGUUCACUGUGGCUUCACUUUUUCAUCCCCUCCCCCCUUUUUCAGCAUGGCUCUGUGGGCUGUGGUAUCAGGCAGAGCUUAGGUGGCUGCCAUUUUGGCCAGCCAUGUGACCUUGAGCUGCCAUUUAGAACACAAAAUACACAUUGCUGUUCCCCUCUAGGCUUAGGUUUCUCCUGCAAGAUUCCCCUUGGUAUCUUGUUAGCCACAGUAACAUAUAAAGUGCUGGACCAGAUGGACCACUGACCUGGUCCACAAGGGUGUUCUAAUGUUUUUAAGCUAUGCUGUUUCUCUCUACCUACUCUCUACAGUGGUACCUCAGGUAUCAAACUUAAUUCUUUCCGGAGGUCCGUUCUUAACCUGAAACUGUUCUUAACCUGAGGUACGCUUUUGCUAAUGGGGGCCCCCGCUGCCAUUGUGCCGCUGGCGCGCUAUUUCCGUUCUCAUCCUGAGGUAAAGUUCUCAACACAAGGUACUACCGGGUUAGCGGAGUUUGUAACCCAAGGUGUUUGUAACCCGAGGUACCACUGUAUUUGUAAAUUGUAACAGAAACAUCAUAAUUCUCUGGUGAUAUUUACCUGCAAAGGAAAGCCUGAUACAUGCUGCUUCUGAAACUGGGUGAUCAGAUUCAUUAGUUAUCAGGGUUCAGGUACCACUAACAGCUUUACCAUAAGUAUAAAAUUUAGCCAACAUACUUUAUCAGGUAUUGCUACAGGGGUGAAGAGUGUUGGUUGGGGAGGGGGAACUUAGGUAUAAAAUGAGUAUUCUUGGAUGCCAAGAUCCAGGUUUGGGGAAAAUACACUUCUGGUUGAAGGAACCCCAGCAUAUAUUUGCACAAAAUAUGCAGCAAAUGUUUGGUAAGGUAAUAAUAAUAGCUUACAAACUCUCCAUCGGUCAGAUUUAAACCUCAUUGCAUGCUGAACUUUUAAGGGAAACUGAGGGAGAACACUGUGCUUGAUUACCUUCUUCCCAAUGCAAGGAGAAGAGACCUGACUAAGCCUGCCAGGGCAGCUCACUCUUUGACAUGAAACCCUUCAUGCAUUAAUCAGACCGAAGCAUGUUGGUUAUAUGAGCUUGUUACCCCUCAUAACGUGCUUUCUUCUUUUAAAUAACUAUUAAAGACAAAGGCAGGUGCAUGGUCCUCUCUCAGGGUUUGGCUUUACCUACUGGAUCAUUAUAUUGGGGCAUCCACCUGGCAGGACAAUUCAAAAUUGUUUACAGAUUUUCAGGUUCAAUCGGACGUGGUGGGAUCUCUGGGCUUUGGUGUUUCUUUCAAAGGACGCUGUUGUGCGCAUCAAGCUGCUGUGGUAACUAUUACAAGCCUCAACCUUUUUAGAGCUUUUUUUCUCUUAGUAGGGGCAGUUCACCUUUAGAUGGUGGACUUCAGAGAUCACCGUGUUGGCUUUUGGACUGAUAAUCAAGCUGUCAUCAGUGUCCUGGCAAAGCAAUCGUCACGUUCCAAGAAGAUGGACCGCUUCCAUUCUUUAGCACCAGAGGCGCAACUGCUGCUGGACCCAUCCCCUGAGCAUCUUUGGAACCUUGCAAACUUGAAGUGAUGGAGGGAGUAUGGCCUCAGUGGCACCUUCAACUAUUAGGUCUUAGAAGACGACCUGGUCUGAUCUUAUAUCCUAUCGGGUAAAAUUUGUAGGUAUUGGGCAUAGUCUGCCCCCCCCAACAGUCCAAGUGCUUCAAUACUUUGUACACCUGCAUGACCUGGGGCGUGAAGCUAAGUCUUUAAGGAUGCAGUCAGCUGAUAUUCCCUUCUUCAGUAAAUCCAUUUAUUUUACGGACCCCCAUGUUGAAUUUGUAGCCCUCAGGGCGAUUGAGGAUUGGCACAGGUGGUAGACACCAAGUGGUGUAGGUUGUUGGCCUAUCACGUUUAGCACUCUUUGCCAUAUACAUGAUAGGUAGGUAGGUAGGUAGAUAAUUUGUUGGUCAAAAUAUGUAUCUCGCUUGUACUCUGACGCUUUCUCUGUUGCCCUCUUCCUAAGAAUGGGCGUAGCUGUUAACAAGGUUGAGCCGGGAUGCUCCUCUAGGGGGCUUCGUUUGGAAGACAUAAAUUUAUCUAGUGCAGAGCUGCUGGGCUGCAUCCAUCAAUAGAAAACUGACCAAAGGGGAAAAGGCGCCCUUAUUCAGCUUGCAGCAUCAGAACAUAAGGUCCCUGCCCUGUAAACGACACCAGGAGAUACCGUUACCUUAGGUUCCCCGGUUCUAGCGCAUCCCUGAUACAUCGGGAUGGUACCCACCUCGCCCGGAUCAGUUCAUGCGGGUGUUGCAUUUGGCCAUGGAAGCCCAUGGCUUCCCGGCCAGAGAAUAUGCUGCUCAUUCCUGCUCAUGGAGGCCUGCCUACAGACAGAUUCAAUGACAUGAGUCAUGUGUUGGAGGGGAGGUUGUGGCCAUCACCUACCCCUCCCUUUGAAGGGUAUUCCGUUAAAGGAAUCCAGUGGUCGUGGUUCCUGUCCAAAGCCCAGGUGGUGGCUAGGGCCAUGGAACAACCCUCCAGUGACUAGGGGAAAUCUUCCAGUUGAUUUGCAUCAACAAGUUCCCCCUACAGGUUGUUAACCCUUGUGUGACUUCCUGCAGAGCGGGCAGGGGUCAAGUAUAGUCUGUUCAGAUCCAAUACUACUCACAUUCUGUAACCAAUCAAGUUGUGGCCUUUUUUAGCCCAUUAACCUAAAAUACUUGUGUCCAUGUGUCUUAUUCCAUCACAAAGCGGGGGGCAGGGUCUUGACUCAAAACUGAUCUACAUUUUACACACAGACAUAAAUAUCACUGUCACCUGUAAGGCUUUUCCUUUUUUAAACACCCAUUGGUGUUAGAGUCAAAGCCUGGGGGGGGGGGGGGAGACAGACCCUUUUUUUUGGCAGGAUUUCAUCUGGGGAGGAAAAGGUGAAACCUCCACCUUCCCCACACCCUACAUUCCUAAUGUAAAAUCAGCCACCAGAUGGUAGCCAGUAUUGUUUGUCCUAUAGCACCCAGAGCCAUUAAGAACCAGGCAAGACCCUCUCUUCAAAGUGGCAUGUUAAACUGUACUAGAUAAUGUGUGAUAUUUUAGUGUAUUUUUGGUUUCUAUGGAAGCCGCCCAGAGUGGCUGGGGAAACCCAGCCAGAUGGGCGGGGUACAAAUAAUAAAUAAUAAUAAUAAUAAUAAUUAGAAUGCUGGAAAUUAGCUUUUCUAGAUCUAUGCAUAAUGUGCUUUUUUCUUAAGCAGGCACAGGUCCCAAGAAAGUGCACCUGGUUUCAACAGAGGAGGAAGAGGAAGAGGAAUCCUUGGAUAACAGUGACACCAUCUGUUGAUUCUGGUUUGGAAAUGGGGAUUAAGAAUUAGGCUGUCACAUAAGAACCCACAUUCUGGCAAGCUCAAGCAGUUUGGGUGGCAUUUCCAUAAUGAAAGCAUUUUAGCUUUUUGAACAUCAGGAAAAAUUCUAAAUUUUGUUGUUGUUUUUUUAAGCAAUUUAUUGGGUUUUACAAUAAAAAUAAACAUAAUAAACAAUAUAACAUUUGUCUUAACAUAGUUUCACAUUUUCUUUGGACUUCCUCACAUCUCCCGCUCCCACUUUCAUCGUUAUAACAUUUUGUCAGCAAUUUAUCAUCUUAUUUGAAUUCUUAUAUCCCUUCAAUAUUUCAUAGUCUUAUAAUUCUCAAAAAGAGUUAAACUUUCACAGUCUUACUUGUUUUCUUAAAAACUUCUAAGUUAAGUGGUGCUCAGUUAUUUUAAUCUAGCAUCUUAUUUAGCAUUCACUCAAAUCACAAUAUUUUUGUAGAUAGUUCUUAAAUUUCUUCCAAUCCUCCUCCAUCCUCUCUUCUCCCAGGUCACGAAUUCUGCCGGUCAUUUCAGCCAGUUCCAUGUAGUCUAUCAGUUGCAUCUGCCAUUCUUCCAGUGUGGGUAGAUCUUGAGUUUUCCAAUGUUUUGCGAGAAGUAUCCUUGCUGCUGUUGUUGCAUACAUAAAAAAUGUCUGGUCCUUCUUUGCCACCCCUUGGCCGACAAUACCCAAAAGGAAAGCCUCUGGUUUCUUAGUGAAGGUAUAUUUAAAUACCUUUUUCAAUUCAUUAUAAAUCAUUUCCCAGAACGCCUUCACUUUAGGGCAAGUCCACCAGAGGUGGAAGAACGUUCCCUCACACUCUUUACAUUUCCAACACUUAUUAUCAGGCAGGUGGUAAAUUUUUGCAAGUUUGACUGGGGUCAUAUACCAUCUAUACAUCAUUUUCAUUACAUUUUCUUUCAAAGCGUUACAUGCAGUGAAUUUCAAUCCAUUACUCCACAACCUUACCCAGUCCUCAAACAUAAUAUUAUACCCAAUGUCCUGUGCCCACCUUAUCAUAGCCAAUUUAACCGUUUCAUCUUGUGUAUUCCAUUCCAACAGCAAGUUAUACAUCCUUGAAAGUACCUUAAUCUUUGGUUCUAACAAUUCUGUUUCUAGUUUCGAUUUCUCCACCUGGAACCCUAAUUUCUUAUCAUUUUUAAAAACUUCUUUAAUCUGAGCGUAGUGUAACCAAUCUCGCACUUUGUCUUUCAUUUCUCCAAACUCUGCAAUUUCCAAUUGUCUCCAUCCUUUUCUAGUAUUUCCCAAUAUUUUGGCCAUCUAGCCUCCAUAUUGGGUCUUUUUCGGGCAGGAAAAAUUCUAAAUUUUGACCAUGAUUUUGAAGAGGGUUGUCAUGGUGGGAGGGUGGGAUGUUUGCUCUUUGACUGCCAUAGACUGAUCACAUGUACAAUUGAUUUCAGUGAGUUUUAAUUCAAGGUAAAUUUGCUCUGAGUAGAAGAGUUGUAGUGAUUUUUGCUAACUACCCAACCGUGAAACCAAUGGAGGGAGGUGAAAAUCCUCUCUCUCUGUGUGUGUGGCUAUUCUUGGAGCCUGUUUCAAAAAAAAAAGCAAAAAAAAAAAGCACAGCUUCUGGCCUUUUCCUCACAAAACAAAUUAUCAAGCCUCAUACAGAUAUUUAGACAAAAGGAGUUGAGUGUAGAAAGUCUGAGAAGCACCAUUCAAGUUCAAUGUAACUUGGAUUUCUUAGCCAUUACAACCCUCAGAAUAUUUUCCCUCGUGCUACCUUGGAACCUUUUCCUUCAAAAAAUUUUCCUGCAGCUUUAUGAUCCAUUGUAAAGCAAAGCAGUUAUGUACAGUGGUAAUUAUUGACUACAAAGGACAUUGUAACAGAAUGGAUGCUGGCAGAAUGAAACUGUUUUUGGGAAUAGAGUAACGUGCUUCUUUGAAGCAAUGAAUUUCUGAGUUAUAGAAAGUGAAUUGUGAACAUUCAGCGUGUUAACAUUUAGAUGAGGUUUCUGUAGUAGCUAGGAAAAUGGAGAACAGGUUUUAAUCCUUUCCAGCAACCUGUUUAAAAUGACAGUGUGCAAGCCCAAACCAGGCAUUGCCUUUGCUUAUAACGGCCACAUAAAGCAUUGUGGUUUUCCCCCCUCUCUGGCAUCCAUUGAUACCAAGUGUUUGGUGUGAGGUCAUGUCCAUGUUGUAUUGCUAGAGACAGGUGAAAAUCCUCUCUCUCUCUCUCUCUCUCUCUCUCUCUCUCUCUCACUAUUCUUGGAGCCUGUUUCAAAAAGAAAGCACAGCUUCUGGCCUUUUCCUCACAAAACAAAUUAUGAAGCCUCACAGAUGUAUUUAGACAAAAGGAGUUAAGAGUAGAAACAGUCUGUUGUACUGCUAGAGACAGGUGUUCAAUCUAGCAUAAUAUUUAGUUCUGAUCUUAAUUUCUUUAAGAAAAUGUAGCCAUCAAAACCACUUUAAUACUGGUGAUGUACUAAAUAUACCCUUUGUCAGUUGUAUCAUAAGGUAUAAAACUAAGAUGCUGACUGAUCUGUGCAGCAAAUAUUUUUGUUUUCAGAAUAUGAAAACUAAUUUGAAAUGUUAAAGUACUUGAUUAGAAAACUAUUUCUAGUUCUUUGAUAAUUUGAUCAGUUUGUUUUGUGUGGAAUUGUUUGGUCCAACACAGCUGAUGCAUUACAUCUAAUUUUUCCUGAUCUAAUAUGGUAGAUAAUAAAAGUUAAAUCAUAUUAUAGCUCUUCCUUGAACAUCAAUAUUCAAAAUGGUUAGUUAACUAGACACUUUGUUCAACUGCUCUGUUUCUGUACGUUAUUAUGUUGGCACAAAGAGCUGUGAGUAUGUGUAGGAAGAAUUAGAGAUAGCCUUAGAAUCAAAGGGUAUAUCUGGAUCCAGGAGCUGUGAGGGGCAGGUAGAGCCACUUAAUCAGAAGAACUAAAAAUUAUAAUAAAGUACUGCUACAAUAAAUAUAGCUUUCCCUACCUGUUCGCAUAGCAGUAUAACAACAAAAACCAGUGAACCAGUGAAGGAUGCCCAAAUGACUGUCAGAUGUCAGAUGCACAGGCAUAAUUAUAUAUGAUAGUCCAUUUGAUGUAGUUAUUAUUAAAUUUAUAUGCUACCUUUUAUCUGAAGAUCACAAGGCAGUACGUUUAACAAAAUAAUUGCUCUGUUGACAGUAUUGGAUAAAUAGUAGCUUUUAAGAUGCUAUAGUCUAUAUCCUCCAACGAGGAGCAGCAUUCUGCCACUGAAUUGACAGUCUCUCUGGAAGCUGCAGGUAUUAGUUGCAAUGGUUCUAACAUGCCCUCUGGUGCCUGCGUCCUAAUUUCUAAAUGCCCCUACUUUUUCCAGUUAAAUAUUCCCACUCCACAUUGUCAAAUGUGUAACAGUACAGUGCAACAACAGUUUACUCUAUAAAAUGAAUAUGGCAGCAAUUGUUGAGCUUUCAGUGUUUCACAUGAUUGACCCAAAUGAGGUUAUAACAGUUGGACAUGUAUAUCAUAUAAGCAAUUAAAUCAGAAGUAUUUGGCUCAAAGUUGGAUGUUGUGAUAAACCCUUCUUAAGGCCAUAAUCUUAUGAAUAGUUAUGGAAAAAGUUAUUUAUGCCUGUUAGAAAAGCAAUAAGGAACACUCUUAAAACCAUCCUUUACAUCUUUGAAGUUUUUAGAAACGAUUUAUUAAUUAAAUAGAAAAUAUGAUAAAAAUAUACCAAAGGCAUUUGCAACAAGUCACAAAAUAGUAAUGCUGGAACUUUGACUUUUCAGAGUGCACAAGGAAUCUAGAGAAAGCCAGAGGAAGGUAGGGAAAGAACGUCUAGUGUUCCAUUUACCAGCAGUUCAUCCCAUGUUUGCAGCAGUAUGAAAUGCUACAUCUUUGGUUUUCCUGCAAAUCUUUCACAAAAGUAAUUUUGAAAAGCAACAAACAUGUCUGUUCCAAGAUCACCACCUGCUCAGUAUAUGAGUCCUGACUUUGACCCCUUUGAGAUUAUUUCCACUUACUUGCCUGCUGUCUCAGGAAUGAGACAACAGCUGAGCACAGCAUGGAAAACCUAGCUUGCACAUCCCAAACACAACAUAUUGUGGAACCCUGACCCCAAACCAAUGGUAAGAGGAAUGGUGGUAGCCAGAUCAAAGAUGUAGCUUCUUGGAUCCAGCCUACACAAUCACAGCCCAUUUUUACUUUUACUAACUUCCCAAGAGGUAGCUGUGUUAAUCUGUAGCAGCAAAGAGGUUUUUGGCACCUUUUAAAGUCUAACAAUCUGUAAUAAAUCUGCUUGUAUUUAUUUAAUUAAAAUAUAUGUAACCCACUCAAGUCAAGGAUUUCAGAGUGGGUACAACAAUUAAAACAGCAAAUCCAACUGCACAGGAGAAAAUAGAUAAACAAUAAAACGUGGGUGACAGUUAUUACAAAUUAAACCUGAGUAAAUAAACAGGUUUUAGCCUGGCACCCAAAUUGAAAUCUGUCUAGUGGCAACUUUGUUUUAGAGGGGAAGACAUUUUGCAAGUAGGGAAAUUGGUGUGGCAAAAGUUCUUUUUAUGAAUGUUGUGAUAAAUCCAUUAAAUCUUUAAGGUGCUACAAGUCUCUUUGCUGUCUUUCCUUUGGAAUUAUAUAAAAAAAUGUUGAUUAAGCUUCUGUCUUUGCAUGCACUCCUCAAAAGAUGCAGCUGUGCAGGAUACUGAGGUAGAAACAUGACAGCAGCAAACCAAGCUGAGGCUCCCUGGGUGCAAAAACACACUUCCUAUGGGCAACCAAGGAUCUGCCCUUAAGCCUCAUGCUGGACAGACUCUACGCUUCUAAUACACAAAUCAUUGUGCCUGUGAAAACCUGCUCCAGUGUUGAGAUAUUUCCCAUCAUCUGCUCAUGUUUCAUUGUGUCAAGGCAGAGUCAUUCUUUGAGCAGCCUCAGCCUAUUCCAGUGUAUUACGGUGCUUGUCUUGACCUCUUCAACCGCAGGAGUCAAUAUCACACAGAUUACGUCUAGAUCACAUGUCUUUCUCCCUCCCAUAUGUUCUCCUGUCAUUUCAUUUCGGUUUCUACCCUUUAUAAAUCUGUAAGACAUUUAAUAUGUGAGAUUUCAUCUUUGCGCUUCCAUGUUUGUUUGCUGGUAGAUGGCACUGUAAUACUGUAUGUUCUGUCCUUUCAGCUUGCUGAGAAAAUAAUGUGGAAAUUCCAUACCUGAAAUCAAGUCCAUGGCCUACAAAUACUCAGGUCUUUUCCCCCAUUCAGAUAUUUUCUUAAGAUGUUGAAAAUCCCUGAAUUCAAUGUGUUACAAAAACGAAUGCAUUUUACAGGGGAACAGAACAGUGUCUUUUUCAGGACACUUACUGUCUCACAAAUGUCUCUUAUCCUCAGAAUUGAGACUUAUAGUUGUGGACAUGAUGUAUCAUACCUGCUGAACCAUUUCCAGGA